AUGGUGGAGGUUCAUGAGAUGGUGACCUCUCAGGGUAAGGAUCCUUUUCGCCUUCAUUAAUAGUUAUAAUAGGUAUGGGUUCCUCAGUGGCUCAGAGUGCCUUCCUUCAGCUCCGCUAAAGGAGGUCACAGUGUUCGUAUUUCUCCCAAGUUAGAGGCCAGAAGCCUGGCUGAGAAUAAAUAUUCUUGCUUCUCUGCUACAAUUAGCCAGUGAAGGCUUCUGGGUUGCCUCUCUGUGGAAGAGCAUUCUUUAGGUGGGGAGCCAGCACUAAAAGACGCAUUCCGUAUUGCCUCUCUUUGCACCUCAAUUGGAGAGGGCACUGUGAGAAGGACCUCUGAUGAUGAGUGCAGGCUCUAGGUGGAUUCAUGAGAAGCAGUCCUUGAGUUAAAGGUAAAGGUAAAGGGACCCCUGACCAUUAGGUCCAGUCGUGACCGACUCUGGGUUGCGGCGCUCAUCUCACUUUAUUGGCUGAGGGAGCCGGUGUACAGCUUCCGGGUCAUGUGGCCAGCAUGACUAAGCCGCUUCUGGCGAACCAGAGCAGUGCACGGAAAUUCCGUUUACCUUCCCGCCGGAGCGGUACCUAUUUAUCUACUUGCACUUUUGACGUGCUUUCGAACUGCUAGGUUGGCAGGAGCUGGGACCGAGCAACGGGAGCUUACCCCAUCGCAGGGAUUCGAACCGCCAACCUUCUGAUCGGCAAGUCCUAGGCUCUGUGGUUUAACCCACAGCGCCACCUGCAUCCCUUCAGUCCUUGAGUUACAUAGGUCAAAAUCAGCACCUUGAAUUGAAGACAGCAACCCAGAAAAGGUUUUAUGUGCUCAGAGCAUCUUGCACCGGUCAUCACUCUGUAGUUUCUGAACGGUCUUCUAAAGCAGCCUGAAGUAUAAUGCAUUGUGGCAAUCUAGCGUGGAGAAUGGUGGAAAAAGCAUACUAAAAAUCUUCUGUGUGGGGGAUCCUAAUUUGUAGACUACUUGAGUAUCUUGUUAGUGAUAUUGGUUUCUAUUGAUGUAUUGGUUUGUUUGUUGCAUGUCCCCCCCCCCUCACCCCACGAGACCUCCAAGGAGUGCAGAGCCGCCACCCCCCAUCCACUGGCAAAGAGCCUUUUCAGAUCCUGACAAACCUGAGUGGUGGAAUGUCUGCCCUCUUGUGGACAUGCCCUUGUUGGGGGAUGAUCCUUUUCGGGACUUGGCUGGAGGGGAGAGGACUCACAAAGCUUUGCUGCCCAUCCCACUUCGCCCCUGGAGGCCGGGGAGACUAGCAGCAAAGCUGAGCAGUGACGCCCCUUUGGGGGAGACACCUGAGGCAGCCGCCCCACACAGGCCCAUAGGCAGGCAGGCUCUGUUGAUGUUAUUGCCUGCUGGUUUAAAUUGUUUUAUUUAUGGCUUGGUUAAUCUUAGGGACUGCUCACCAGGACUUUUCUGAUACAAAUAACCCUUCAUUAAAUGGUGAUAUUUCAUUAAAACCAGGUAUCACACCAUUGAUUUUUAUGUAAAACACCUUUAACAUAGUGCCAGGCCUUGAGUUUUGAUAAGGAAACAGCUGUAUCAACCUUUAUUUUAAAAUUUUAUUCCAUCAGGAGAUGUUUGGGGGGUCCUGGAUGAGGAGGAGCCAUCAGAAGUCUGGCCAGAAAGAGGUGAGGCGCAAGAGAACGAAAGGAAGUUGGGGGUUCAAGAUGGAGCCAACAAACAAGAGAGGAGAGAAACAGUGAAGCCAAGGGAUGAACACAGUGUUUCCCAAGAAGAUGAAAAUCAACUUAACAGGGUGGAGAAAAACAUGAAUGUACUGUGUGCGGAAAGAGAUUCUGUAGUCGCUCAGCCCUUGCUACACAUCAAAGCGUACACUCAGGUGAAAAACCUUAUGAAUGCAUGGAGUGUGGAAAGAGAUUCAGAAACAGUGGCCAACUUAAUGUGCAUCAGAUAACUCAUACAGGGGAGAAACCUUAUGAAUGCAUGGAGUGUGGAAAAUGCUUCAGAUCCAGUAGCUACCUUACUUUGCAUCAAAGAACUCAUACAGGGGAGAAACCUUAUAAAUGCUGGGAAUGUGGAAAGAGUUUCUUUGACAGUAGUACCCUUACUAAACAUCAAAGAACUCACACAGGGGAAAAACCAUAUACAUGCAUGGAGUGUGGAAAGAGCUUCAAUCAGAGUGCCUCCCUUAAUGUGCAUCGAAGAUCUCAUACAGGUGAAAAACCUUAUAAAUGCAUGGAGUGUGGAAAGAGCUUCAGUUGCAGCAAGUCUGUUAAAACGCAUCAUAUAAUUCACACACAGGAAAACCAUAUAAAUCCAUAUAAAUGCAUGGAGUGUGGAAAGAGCUUCAGUGCCAGAAGCAUCCUUAUUAGACAUCAAAAAACUCAUACAGGGGAAAAACCAUAUAAAUGCCUGGAGUGUGGAAAGAGCUUCAGCAGCAGUGCCUACCUUACUAAACAUCAAAGAACUCACACGGGAAAAACCAUAUAAAUGCCUGGAGUGUGGAAGGAGCUUCAGUCAGACUGCCUCCCUUAAUGUGCAUUGACGAACUCAUACGGGGGAGAAACCGUAUAAAUGUUUGAAAUGUAGAAAAAGCUUCAGUGACUCUAACAUCCUUCAUGCACAUAAGAGAAUUCACACGGGACAAACCCUACAAAUGUUUGGAGUGUGGAAAGAGCUACCGCCACAGUAACCACCUUUCUCGACACUGGAGAACUCCUUCAGGGGACUAACCCUAUGAAAGUUGAUGUGUGUAAAGAGCUUCAGUUAUAGUAGUUUCUUUACUGUGCAUGAAAUAACUCGUACAGGGGACAAACAACAUACAUUUUUGGGGUGUGGAAAGAGCUUUAGUUGCAAUAGCUGUCUAGUGAUAAGUUGCCAAUAGCCAGGUGCAAAAUGUGUCUGGUGCCUGGCUAAUUUUGAACACUGCCCCACAUUGGUAUUUAAUUAAAAUAAGACAUGAACUUGAGAAUUUCCCCUCUGAUUUACCGAUCUGUUCCUUUAGGCAAGCAUUUCUCAGUUUUGUUUUCAGACUAUGUGCUCAGAAUAUUUAGAGGGACACUAUAAAAAAUUCUUGCAGAAGAGCUUCUUUGUAUAUGCUGUAACUAAGCAGUAGAUCGCUACCAAUAUGCUCUAUUCUGAACCAAGUUUAUCCUUGUUUGAUUAUGUAAGAUACCCAAUGCGUGUAAUCAACUGCCCAGGAGGACUCCCUGCCUGAGUGCCCCGUUCCUGCCACUCACCACCUGGCCAGGGCAGGGCCUGGCAGGCCUCAUAAGGACAGCUGAGGCGGCUGCUGUCUCUCCCCAGGAGAACUCAGAACAGCACACAGUUAUUUUUAAAAUAUUCUAAAUUUUUAUUUUUUACCUUUAAAAUUAUUUCUGGCGUGGGGGAUGGAUGUUUAGUCGUGUUUGGAAAUUGGUCUAAUUUUGGUAUGUUUGUAACUUUUACUGUUUUUGGUUUUUAUUGUUUUACUGUUUUUUUUAAAAUAGGUUUUAUUUUGUUCUUAAGGGGAGGAGGUCAGAGCUGCCUGGGUGUGGGUCCCAGCCAACAAAAUGGCUGGGGCAAGUUCCACAGGGAGGGAUGCACUGGGACAACCGAUCUUAGUGAUCACGGGUAGGAGGAGGAGUUACGCUAAGACCAGACCAUGUCAUUACCGAGGAGGCAGGUUUAGUCGUUGUUUGAGGACUAUCCCUGCCUCCGGGUCUGGUCUUGACCGGACGGAUACUGGAAUCAGCAAUGGAUACCCACAUGACCUGAAGGUUCUGCUGUGCAAUGCCAGAUCAAUGAUUCAUAAGACCACUGCCAUCCAUGACUUGAUCGUGGAUGGAGGACUUGACCUGGCAUGUGUAACAGAGACUUGGUUGGAUGAAGCUGAUGGGCCUGUCCUUGCCGCUGCUUGCCCACCUGGCUUCUCUUACGCACAGCAACCCAGGUCAUGUGGGCGGGGAGGGAGGGGGUCGCAGUGAUUUUUAGGAAGUCAUUAGUCUGCACCAGGCGUCCUAUUGGGAAGACCCAGUUCUCUGAGUGCAUGUUCUGGAAGUUGGGCAAUGGGGCAGUACAGGAUUCCUUUUGGUGUACUGACCUCCCCGCUGCACCAAGGAUUCCCUGCCCGAGCUGCUUCAGUUUGUGGUGAAUGUUCUCUUGGAGACACCUAGUUUGGUUGUCCUGGGGGAUUUUAACAUCCACGCCAACACGACCUUGCAAGGGACCUCUUGGGACUUCAUGGAAACUAUGGCCUCCAUAGGACCGCCCCUGAAUUAGCCUGGCCCAGCUCAUAGCCCUUGACCUCUAUAGAUGUUGGCGAUCUGACACUAAUAAAAGCGAAGCGAAAGAAGUGCCAUAGUCAGAGCACUUCCUGGUGCAACUGGACUUCUCUGUGACCCUUCCCCUCUGCAGGGGGGUGGGAGCGAUUUGGAUGGUCCGCCCCCGCCACUUAAUGGAUCUAAAUGGUUUCCAGAGAGUGGUAGGGGAUGCUUUAUCCCAUGUUGAUGGCCUUUCAGCUGAUUCCCUGGUGGCCCACUGUAAUGCGGAGUUAACCAGGGCUAUUGACUGUUUGGCUCUGAAGCGCCCUCUCUGAUUGCAUGGAGCCUGGGCAGCUCUGUGGUUUUCCACCGGUCUAAGGGCAAUGAAACAAUCACUGAGAUGGCUAGAGUGCCGGUGGUGGAUGACUCAUUCUGCAUCUGACCGCACAUGGGUUAGAGCUCAAUGUGGAGCCUACCAAGUGGCGAUAGUGACGGUGAAGAAGACCACCGCCUCUAUUGCAUCUGCAGAAAACAGACUUAUAGAAGACAACAGACUUAUAGAAACUACCAGACUUAUAGAAGACAUCUGAAGGCAGCCCUGUUUAGGGAAGCUUUUAAUGUUUGAUGGACGAGUGUAUUUUAAUAUUUUGUUGGAAGCCGCCCUGAGUGGCUGGGGAAACCCACACAGAUGGGUGGGGUAUAAAUAAUAAAUUAUUGUGAUUAUUACUGAAAGUCACAUAUUGGUUGUCUGGUUUGAGAAAUCUGUGACAAAGUUGUGAGAUCUGCAGUUGCUGCCCCCAGACUGAGAAAGUUCAUUGAGGAAAACAUGGUGGACUGUAAAUAUUUAAUUGGGAAUGAAAUCUAAAAACUUAUUUGUGUGUGUGUGUGUGUGUGUGUGUGUGUGUAAUAUAGGCUGAUACUGUAUUUUAAAGCUGUACAGUGGUACCUCAGGUUAAAAACUUAAUUCGUUCUUGGGGUCUGUUCUUAACCUGAAACUGUUCUUAACCUGAAGCACCAGUUUAGCUAAUGGGGCCUCCCGCUGCCGCCGGGCCGCAAUUUCUGUUCUCAUCCUGAAGCAAAGUUCUUAACCCGAGGUACUAUUUCUGGGUUAGCGGAGUCUGUAACCUGUAGCAUCUGUAACUCGAGGUACCACUGUAUUUAUGUAUAUAUUGCAUAUGGCCAUAAUGGUUCAGUCAACAAUAAACAUGUACAGCUUGUAGGCUUUUGCAGAUACAGUUACGUUCAGAUAGAUUCAGUGUAUAGGCAAAAGUCAGUAACAACAAAAUAGUAUUUCUCAUGCCUUAACAUGUUAGAAGCUGAUUGUUUACUGCCGCAAAAUGCUGCAUUUGGCUGUGUACCCCCAAACACCAGAGGAGCUAUGGCAUUUGUGUAGCAAUAAUAAUAAUAAUAAUAAUUUAUACACCGCCCAUCUGGCUGGGCCUCCCCAGCCACUCUGGGUGGCUCCCAACAGAAUAUUAAAAGCACGAUAAAACAUCCAAUGUUAAAAGCUUCCCUAAACAGGGCUGCCUUCAGAUGUCUUAUGAAAGUCAGAUAGUUGUUUAUUUCCUUGACAUCUGAUGGGAGGGUGUUCCACAGGGCGGGUGCUACAACCGAGAAGGCCCUCUGCCUGGUUCCCUGUAACCUCACUUUUUGCAGUGAGGGACCCACCAGAAGGCCCUCGGAACUGGACCUGAGUGUCCAGGCUGAACGAUGGGGGUGGAGAUGCUCCUUCAGGUAUACUGGGCUGAGGCCGUUUAGGGCUUUAAAGGUCAGCACCAACACUUGGAAUUGUGCUCGGAAAUGUACUGGGAGCCAAUGUAGGUCUUUCAGGAAUGGUGUUAUGUGGUCUCAGUGGCCAGUCCCAACUAUAUUUUGGUGCGUGGGGAAAAAAUCAUGUGACACAAGCCCUACCUACAGGUGUGACGGACAGCACAGCCAGGCCAGAGUCUGCUGGCGCAGUCUCCCUGAAAUUCUGGCAGAGUGAAGGAGCCUGUCACCGAUUGGCUACAAAGUCACAGAAGGGGGAGGAGCAGAACUUUGAGAGGGAGGAUAAAAAGAGGGAGGGAGGGAGAGAGAGAUAGGGCUACGGGUCAGGUGAAGAGAUGGGGCUUGAUUUGAGAAGAUAGGGAUGGAUUUGAGAAGAGAGAGGGUCAGGUUAAGACAGGGGUCCUCAAACUACGGCCCACAGGCCGGAUCAGGCCCGCCAAGGUCCUAAAUUCAGUUCUCGCUGCUGCUGCUGCUGCUGCUGCUGGCUGUCUGGCUUCUGGUGCUGUGGGGGUCCCAGGCCAGACGUGGAGAGGGCGGAGCAGGAAAUGGCGGCGGCCAGGAGGCGUUGUGCGCAGGCGCUUCAGGCGGAAGGCAGCACCGCUGCUGGGGCCCCUCGCGGCUCAGUCGCCGCCCCUCCAGGUCUCCCGCUUCCCCACCACUCUCCUUCCCAUCUCGCAAGCCCCGCAUACCCCACCCAGCAUGCACGUCUCGCCUUUGCAACCUGCCACUGUUGGAGGAGUUUGGGAUGUUUUCAAGAAAAGCUCAGCGUCUCUUUCUCUGCGCACCGGCGCCAGUCUACUCAUGUGAGCCAGCCCUUUUUGCAAGUUCCCCCUGUCCUUUUUUUAUGGCGGGGGUGUGUGUGAGGAGAAUUCAAUUUCAUGCUUUGGUAGCCUUUGCAAGUUUUAACUUCUUCUGGAAGGGGUUGGCUCUCUCUAGGGAGAGAUCCCUGAAGGGCUGCAGGUUAGCGAGAGUGGGCGGGUGCCACCCAGCGCUACCAUUUUAAUCUCUGGGGUGGCGGAAGAAGAUGGGGUAGGGUGGAACUCUGCAAGUUCCAAAGCAGAGAAGCAUUUCGAAAAGUGCAGCUACCUCCUGAAUUUGACACACAAACCCCCCACUCUGCUUUCUCCCUUCCUAAGCCCCUCUCUCUUAUCUUCCUCUCACUUUCCAGGCUUGCCAUUCCCACUGUUCCCACGUUUUGCAGCUUUUGGGGGGUGGGGUGGGGGAGAGAAAAACGCCCGCCCAUGAUUAUUUAGCUGAUUCUCUCCUGACCAACAUAAAUUAGCAGGCCCAUACUUCCCAUUGAAAUAUUUAUAGAGUGGUACCUUGGGUUAAGAACUUAAUUCGUUCCAGAAGUCCGUUCUUAACCUGAAACUAUUCUUAGCCUGAAGCACCACUUUAGCUAAUGGGGCCUCCCACUGCUGCCACCGCGCGGUUUCUGUUCUCACCCUGAAGCAAAGUUCUUAACCCGUGGUACUAUUUCUGGUUAGCAGAGUCUGUAACCCGAAGCGUCUGUAACCUGAAGCGUCUGUAACCCAAGGUACCACUGUAAGUUUAUGUUGAUUAAAAUCAUUCUUCAUUUUAAAGAAGGCUGAUCGCCGAAGAAUUGAUGCUUUUGAAUUAUGGUGCUGGAGGAGACUCUUGAGAGUCCCAUGGACUGCAAGAAGAUCAAACCUCUCCAUUCUUAAGGAAAUCAGCCCUGAGUGCUCACUGGAAGGACAGAUCCUGAAGCUGAGGCUCCAAUACUUUGGCCACCUCAUGAGAAGAGAAGACUCCCUGGAAAAGACCCUGAUGUUGGGAAAGAUGGAGGGCACAAGGAGAAGGGGGCGACAGAGGACAAGAUGGUUGGAUAGUGUUUUUGAGGUUACCAGCAUGGGUUUGACCAAACUGCAGGAGGCAGUGCAGGACAGAGGUGCCUGGCAUGCUCUGGUCCAUGGGGUCACCAAGAGUCGGACACGACUAAACGACUAAACAACAACCACAAUGGCUUCCUCCUGUCUCGCCCGGCCCCGAGCUGCCCCUUCGCGGGGCAGGAGGAGGAGCCGCUGCUGCCUCCGGGGCGCCUAUGUGGGUGUCGCCGCUGCUCAGGAGCCUCUGAGUGCGUGCAGAGUGCAGACCGAGCAAGGCAGCAAGGGCAUCCCUGGGCGCAGCCGCCUGUGCGGGAAGAGCCGGGCUGGGGUCCGGGUGGGGUGGAGAAGGGCUUCCUGCAGCAACAGUGCCCCUUUUGCAGGCACCCAGCGAGCGCUGCGCCUUCUGGAGGACUACAGGCCAAGCUGAGCCGGGCAGACAAGGGGCAGCUGCAGAUGUCUGUGGACAGAGUCAUCCAGGCUCUCAUAGGCGAAGUAUUGGGGCUCCUGGGGGGGCCGGCAGCUGGGGAGGGGAGGCUCCUUGACCCACUGGGACACCGAGGGAAAUCGAGACUUUUCAGCAGAGACAGACAUCACUUGACGCUCAUGGAAACUGAAUUGGAUUUGCUGUCUUACUUAUUUUGCAGCGCAUUCACUCAGUUUGGCAAGUUCCUGUGUCACAGGCAAACUUGGCUUCCUCUCCCCCUAACUCUAGAUCCUUUAUGAGCAAGUUUAAAAGGCACAGUUUCCACUUUCUAUAGCUCCAGUGGGAAAACUCCAUCUUUCCCUACCAUUUAGCCAAUUCCUCCUUUGCCUUUAAUCCACAUUGUUUGAACUGCAAGUCAUUAGCUAUAACACGCAAUGUGCAUAGGAAUUCGUUCAUUAUUCCCCCCCCCAAAAAAAAUAUAGUCCGGCCCACAACAGUGUCUGAGAGACAGCGCACCGGCCCAAUGUUUAAAAAGUUUAAGGACCCCUGGCUUAGAGAGUGGGUAACUGAGGAAAAGUGACCCUCAUGAACCAAGGUAUUAAUGGGUGAAGGAAGCUGUAUGGUGUUAAAAGUAUUUUGUGGCAGAGAGGAGGCAGAGAUGAGUCAGGCUGGUGACUAAGUUAGGGGGUCUCCCCCUCCUGCUCUGACCGGCUCCCCUCCCCCUUGAUCACUCAGAAUCUGCAAAGGGAUGAAGAGGGUGGAGCACAGGGAGAUAAAGCGAAGAAAUCUCAGGUUGCUUGGGAGAGGAGCAGACUUAGGGAACCUGUGGGAGAUAGCUGAAUGCUUCUCCAUGAAAGAAGCAGCAAAUCCUGGCUUAUAGAAAGCCAGCAUGUCAGGGAACAGAUGAGGACAGAACCUUUUCCCCUGGAAUUUGUGGCAACUGCCAAGAGGGCAAAUCCUAUGCUAGGGGUUAUUAAGAACCUAAGAAUGACCCUGUUGGAUCAGCCAGGUGCAGAAUGGCUGGGGCAACCCAGUCAGAUGGAUGGGGUACAAUAAAUAAAUGAUUAGUAUUAGUAUUUGCUUCCACUGCCUGAAGCAUAGCUGUUAAGUUGCGGGUGAACAUAUCAGACGACACAGCGAUUCUUCAAACAGCUCUUCUUUAUUCAGAUGCCAGAACAGAACUAACUGAGGAGCUCAGUCAGCCUGCUUAUAUAGAGCUCCAGAACAAUUGUAACUGUUGCAACUUUCUAAAACUAUCCAAUCACAGAAGAUCACUUUUCGAUCCUUCAUUUGCAUACAAACUAUCCAAUCACAGAACGUCACUUUCAAUCCUUCAGUUGCAUAACUAUCUACAGUAUCCCCCUGCUGGCCCAGGGUGAGAACAUCAGUACAUAACAAUAGCUGUCAACUUUUCCCUUUUUUAAAGGAAAUUCCCUUAUUCCGCAUAGGAUUCCUCGCAAGAAAAGGGAAAAGUUGACAGCUAUGGCCUGAAGUGGCUGCCUCCAUCUGCCUCAUGGCCUGUAGAGUUAUUCUUAGGUUCCUAAUAACCCCUAACAUGGGAUUUGCCCUUUUCCCAGUUGCCACAAAUUAAAAUUCCAGGGGCCAGGGGAGAAAGGUUUUCAUUCCCCCUGUUCCCUGGCAAGCUAGCUUUCUAUAAGCAAGGAGCUACUGCUUCUUUCACGGAGAGGCAUUCAGCUAUUUUACACGCACCUGAGAUCACCCGCCUUUCCUGCUCUAUCUCUGAAGGAUGCCAAAAAGAGGCAGCUCCCUCCCUGUUUGCUCUUCAAUGGUUAACAGCAGCAACAGCAUCUGAGCCCACAUUCCUAGAGCAGAAGAUUGCAAAGAGGAGGAGAUUUGGGGAGGGGGGGAGAGAGAGUGUGCCCCUUUCCUCUUCCGCAGAUCUGAAAGGGAAAAAAAUGCAAAGUGUUCCACGUGAGUUUCUUCUUGCUUUGGCAGAGAUGCUGAAGGCGGCCGCAGGGAGGGAAAUGCAAGAUUAAGGCAAAUAAUUUCGUGUGCUGGGGAAAGCAGGACUCCCUCAUUCUCUUCCCCUAACCGAAUUAUUAGGCUCAUUGGAGAGAUGUGCUCCGUGCACUGAGAGAUCCAGGUAGGUUAAUCACUCCGCAGGUAAGCAUCCCUCCAUGAUCUCCCCCCAACCUACAACAGCUUCUUGUUUCCUGUGUUGGGGACCUUACUUAGGGAAGCUUUUAAUGUUUGAUGUAUUACAGUAUUUUAAUAUUUUUUGGAAGCCGCCCAGAGUGGCUGGGGAAGCCCAGCCAGAUGGGCGGGGUAUAAAUAAUUAAUAAAUUAUUAUUAUUAUUAUUAUUAUUAUUAUUAUUAUUCACUAGUAAUCUGCAAUCAUUUCCUUAUGCUGCAUAAAUUAAGGUUGCCACUUUCCACAUCUCUCUCUUUGCUCCUGUGCCUUCAAAAGACUCCAAGAAAGGCAUAAACGAAGCUCUUCCACAAAUGGGAAGGGGGCCGGGGUUGGGAGUGUUAACGGAGAAAUCUGAGGGCUCCCUUGGACAAAAAACAAGGACACCAGCCAGGAAUACCAGAGCAAAACAGCAGCCAGUAGGCUUGGUCUUUACUGAAGACUGUCGCAACAGGAUUCCCACCUGCCACAAGGUGGAACAAGAUGGAAACCCCGAACAAAAGAGAACCCAAACUUUUAUUAGCUGCUAAUCCCCAUGUUACACCCUCCCAAAACUACAUCACUCAUACAUCAUGGUUACAUCAUGAAAGGGGAGGUCUGGUGGCAGUAAUCUGAGCAUUCUGGUCCCUGCCCCAUGGUUCUCCUUGCCCUCCACCAAACACCCAUCAAGUGUAACAAAAAAGAUAUUUACAUUUCCCUGUUUCCCAGCCAAGUUAAUCACACCCUUUUAUCAUUGUCUGGCUUUGUUUUUUCUGGAAUGGCUACCUGUCUGGCAAGGGACGUGGGUGGUGCUGUGGGUUAAGCCACAGAGUCUAGGACUUGCCAAUCAGAAGGUCGGUGGUUCGAAUCCCCACAACGGGGUGAGCUCCCGUUGCUUGGUCCCUGCUCCUGCCAACCUAGCAGUUCGAAAGCACAUCAAAGUGCAAGUAGAUAAAUAGGUACCACCGACGGGAAGGUAAACGGCGUUUCCGUGCGCUGCUCUGGUUUGCCAGAAGCGGCUUAGUCAUACUGGCCACAUGACACGGAAGCUGUACGCUGGCUCCCUUGGCCAAUAAAGCGAGAUGAGCGCCGCAACCCCAGAGUCGAUCACGACUGGACUUAAUGGUCUGGGGUCCCCUUUACUUUUUACCUGUCUGGCACUCAGGUAUCAGGAUGCCAGGGAUUAUCACUCAGGCAGAGGGGCUGCUCAGUAGCUGAGCUCACAUGUCUAUAUGAAUUUCUGAAGUUUUCCCAGUGAGCCAGUACAUAGAUACAUUUAUCAGUGAAUUCUUACAUUUGGUAUCGUGCAGCAGAGGCCCUUUGAAUAGACAGGAAGAAACUGUGAUGAAGUGUUUUGUGGGGACAAAUUACAAAAGUCACAAAAGUGAUUGUGCUGAUUUUGGUAGUGGGUUGCAUGCGCAUGAUAUCUGCUGGAGGGGCAUCCCACCCCCAAAUCUAUACAUAAAUUCCUGCAACAGGAGGCUCUCAUGCCACAUUGCAAGGUACCUGGUGGUGAAUGUUAAACUGCACAGGAGCAAGGCCAGGGGGAAAAAACAACAACGUUGGCAAUCCUAAUCAAUUUUGCGUGCUCAAGAAAGCCGGCCAAUGGAAGGUGGAAUUGAGAGAAGGAGUUCCCAGCAAGUUGGACCAAGAAGCAUCACUGCAGUGGAGAUGGAAUGCAUGGUAGCUGUUGUGGCAGGCAGCCAUUGAUAGCCGUCUCCUCUAUAUGAAUCUUUUCCAAUUGUAUUUUAACACCAUCCAAGUUUGUGGCCGUCACUGCCUCUUGUGGAAGAGAGUUCCAUCGUUUAAUAAUGUGCUGUGUGAACAAGACCUUCUUUUUGUCUUGCCCUGAAUCUUCUGACCUUCAACUUCAACUGGACGAGCUUGAAUUCAGGCAAAAACGUUCCUCUUUAACCGGGUCUUUGGUUGAUUGUCAUCCGAUGCCAAUGUAGGUCUUUCAGGACAGGUGUUAUGUGGUCUCAGUGGCCAGUCCCAACUAUAUUUUGGUGCGUGGGGAAAAAAUCAUGUGACACGAGCCCUACCUGUGUGCACAAUAAAUAUUUUUUUUAUUCCGUUACCUAGUUUUAUUUUGAUCUCCGGUCAGGACCUCCUUCAUGAAUUUUCACAUCGUGUGUGCUAUUCUAAGCCAGGAAACCAAGGUCCCUCGUGGGGGUUUGUUUCCCUGUGUGCAUGCACCAUUUUAGAGGCACACUUGGAAAGGACUGAGUUUGAUCCAAAAUAGCCAAUCCAAACUCAAGAUUCUGUCAGGUAUUCUGUCAUUUGAAAAUAUUUAAAGCACUCAUCUUUUUACAGCCUCUGGACCUCUCUUCUCAGCUGAUUUCACAAAAUAUGCGCAUCUUUAAUUUUUUUUCCUAAUUCUGAUUUCAACCAGGAUCUUUGAAACAAUUGCAGUUCCUUGCCUCUUAAUGCCACCUGCCUUUUAGAAUUUAUAACCAUGGCAACCCCUUUGUAAGCCGCCUUGGCUCUUGGUCUGGGAAAAAGGCGGGAUAUAAAUAAGUAGAAUACUAAAGGUGAGGAUAAAGCUGCUCUUGAACUCGGAUCUUGCUUGGAGCACCUGCGGAGGAGGGAUUCUGUCCUGGGGGCGUCGCUGGCCUGAUCCUGCAGGGCCUCCCCUUCCUGCUUCAGAGCCGGAGACCAGCCGGGCGCUCCUCCUCCCUCUCUGCCCGGAGCAGCCAAGAGGCUCCAACCCCGCGGCUCCGCAAGGGUUAACUGCGGCGAUAGAGCUUCGAUUCCUAGAGCGGAAGGGAAGACUGGCGAGAGAGGAGGCGCUUCCGCUUCCUGUUCCGCUUCCCCGGGUUGAUGCUGUCUUUCCUGGAGGCGGGUAACUGGGGGGUCGGGGGGGCCGAGCCAGGGGCGGAAUCGGGGGGCGAGAGGGAGGGAGCCGCGUCCCUCCUGGGGGGAACUCAGGGGCGACGGGGAAAGGUCGUCUUCUCCUGGGAGGGGAAGCGGGAGGCCGAAGCGACGCCGCUCGCUGGCCUUGACCGGCCUCUGGCCUCAUCCUGCGGCCUUUUCUCCCGCUCCUCUGUCCAGAGAACGCAGAAGGAGCGCCCAGCAAAGGCCGCAGGGCAGGGAAUGGGGAGGAAUGGCAGGGAGUAAACAGGGAGUCAGGAGAGUCUCCUGCCAGCCAGGGAGGAGCAGGAGGAAUAAUUAUUAUUUUAUUCCUUCAUACCCCGCCCAUUUAGCUGCGUUUCCCCAGCCACUCUGGGCGGCUCUCAACAGAAAAUUAAAAGCACUACAAAAGAUGAAACAUUCAAAGCUUUCCUCAACAGGGCUGCCCUCAGAUGUCUUCUUAAAGUCAGAUAGUUGUUUAUUUCCUUGACAUCUGAUGGGAGGGCUUUCCACAGGGCGGGUGCUACUACCGAGAAGGCCCUCUGCCUGGUUCCCUGUAACCUCGCAGGGAGGGAACCGCCAGAAGGCCCUUGGAGCUGGGCCUCAGUGUCAGGACUGAGCGAUGGGGUGGAGAUGCUCCUUCAGGUAUACAGGCUGAGGCCAUUUAGGGCUUUAAAGGUCAGCACCAACACUUUGAAUUUUGCUCGGAAACAUACUGGGAGCUAAUGUAGGUCUUUCAGGUCUUAGUUGGCUGCUGCUCCCAGUUACCAGUCUAGCUGCUGCAUUCUGGAUUUGAUCUAGUUUCUGGGUCACCUUCAAAGGUAGCGCCCCAUAGAGUGCAGAAGGAGCUGCAGACUCUAUGGCAGGAGAGGAUCCUCCUCAGUUAAGACUCUUUAGCAUUUUAUUGUAUCGAAGGCCAUAGGUCCACUGCAAAUUAAACCAUGAGAAAAAAACUUUUCCUCUGCAAAAUGUACGUACUAAACAUAUAUCAUUAAAAAAGGUAGGCCCCUGGGGAUAUAACUGGCCAUCUGCAGCUGUAGUAAUUUUAUCUUAUGUUCAAGAUUUCUAAACAGCUAAUUCAAAAGGUCUCUCAAGUGGCACAGUGAUCCAAUGGGAGCUAGAACACAACUAAAACCCACAAACCAAUUUAGAAACCAGUAUGCAUAAAGCCAUCAUUGAAAAAAUUAUCCCUCUCCACUUCCCAUUUUGCCUCUUGGGCAGCAUGUAUGGUCUUUACACACUUGAGGAAGGAGGGAGUAUGGGGUGGGACAAAUCACUCAUUUCCCCCAGUCUUAAAUUUAGUUAUCCAGAUUUUCACAUCUUAUUAAAAAAACAAAUAAACACUGAAGGUAAAAUCUCCAGUUGCCCCAUCAAUCAUCGGAGGGGGAGCUGAGGGGAGAUGGUUUCCACACCUUGCCUUGGAGUGUCUAUAAGGAAGGGAAUUGUUCUGUCCUUCCAGGGAUCAGUGAGCUUUGACAGGUGUCCUUGCAUUUCACUGACGACAACUGGGCCCUACGGAGAGCUCUGUACAAGGACGUCAUGGUGGAGGUUCAUGAGAUGGUGGCCUCUCAGGGUAAGGAUCCUUUUCGCCUUCAUUAAUAGUUAUAAUAGGUAUGGGUUCCUCGGAGUGCCUCCCUUCAGCUCCGCUAAAGGAGGUCACAGUGUUUGUUUUUCUCCCAAGUUAAAAGCCAGAAGCCUGGCUGAGAAUAAAUAUUAUUGCUUCUCUGCUACAAUUAGCCAGUGAUGGCUUCUGGGUUGCCUCCCUGGGGGAGAGCAUUCUUUAGGUGGCGAGCCAGCACUGAAAGACGCAUUCCGUAUUGCCUCUCUUUGCACCUCAGUUGGAGAGGGCACUGUGAGAAGGACCUCUGAUGAUGAGUGCAGGCUCUAGGUGGAUUCAUGAGAAGCAGCCAUUGAGCUACAUAAGUCAAAAUCAGCACCUUGACUUGAAGACAGGAACCCAGAAAAGGUUUUAUGUGCUCAGAGCAUCUUGCACCGGUCAUCACUCUGUAGUUUCUGAAUGGUCUUCUAAAGCAGCCUGAAGUAUAAUGCAUUGUGGCAAUCUAGCAUGGAGAAUGGUAGAAAAAGCAUGCUAAAAAUCUUCUGUGUGGGGGAUCCUAAUUUGUAGAAUACUUGAGUAUCUUGUUAUUGUUAUUGGUUUCUAUUGAUGUAUUGGUUUGUUUGUUGCAUAUAUAGAAUCUUCUGUUUCUUAAUAUUUGAGGUUUGAUUGCAUUUUUAUAUAUGCUGCAAGCCACCCAGAGAGGCUUCGAAAACCCAGCCAGACGGUUGGGAUAUAAAUAAAAUAAAUGCUACUAUUGUUAUUAUUCAUGUUGGUUUUUCAACAAGCUCUGCAGAUCUAGACUUUUCAAGCUUCUCUGAGUUGCAGUGCUGUAUUAUCAAUGCUCAGGGGUGGCCUCAGUUCUGCCCCAAAAUGGGGGCUCAAAAUCCAUAAGGAGCGUACCCCUGCAAGUUGGGUGGGGUGGUGCCCACGAGACCUCCAAGGGGUGCAGACGCCUCCCCCCAUUCACUGGCAAAGAGCCUUUUCAGAUCCUGACAAAGCUGAAUGGUGGAAUGUCUGCCCUCUUGUGGACUUGCCCUUUUUAGGGGAGGAUCCUUUUCGGGACUUGGCUGGAGGGGAGAGGACUCACAAAGCUUUGCUGCCCAUUCCACUUCGCCCCUGGAGGCCGGGGAGACUAGCAGCAAAGCUGAGCAUUGACGCCCCUUUGGGGGUGACACCUGAGGCAGCCGCCCCACACAGGCCCAUAGGCAGGCAGGCUCUGUUGAUGUUAUUGCCUGCUGGUUUAAAUUGUUUUAUUUAUGGCUUGGUUAAUCUUAGGGACUGCUCACCAGGACUUUUCUGAUACAAAUAACCCUUGAUUAAAUGGUGAUAUUUUAUUAAAACCAGGUAUCACAUCAUUGUUUUCAUGUAAAACGCCUUUACAUAGUGCCAGGCCUUGAGUUUUGAUAAGGAAACAGCUGUAUCAACCUUUAUUUUAAAAUUUUUAUUCCAUCAGGAGAUGUUUGGGGGGUCCUGGAUGAGGAGGAGCCAUCAGAAGUCUGGCCAGAAAGAGGUGAGGUGCAAGAGAAGGAAAGGAAGUUGGGGGUUCAAGAUGGAGCCAACAAACAAGAGAGGAGAGAAACAGUGAAGCCAAGGGAUGAACACAGUGUUUCCCAAGAAGAUGAAAAUCAACUUAACAGGGUGGAGAAAAAACAUGAAUGUACUGUGUGCAGAAAGAGAUUCUGUAGUCGCACAGCCCUUGCUAGACAUCAAAGCGUACACUCAGGUGAAAAACCUUAUGAAUGCAUGGUGUGUGGAAAGAGCUUCAGUGCCAGAAGCAUCCUUAUUAGACAUCAAAAAACUCACACAGGGGAAAAACCAUAUAAAUGCCUGGAGUGUGGAAAGAGCUUCAGAAACAGUAGCCACCUUAAUGAGCAUCAAAGAACUCAUACAGGGGAGAAGCCUUAUAAAUGCAUGGAGUGUGGAAAGACUUUCAGUCGGAGUUCCUCCCUUAAUGAGCAUCAAAGAACUCAUACAGGGGAGAAACCUUAUGAAUGCAUGGAGUGUGGAAAGACUUUCAGUCGGAGUUCCUCCCUUAAUGAGCAUCAAAGAACUCAUAUAGGGGAGAAACCUUAUGAAUACAUGGAGUGUGGAAAGAGCUUCAGAAACAGUAGCCACCUUAAUGAGCAUCAAAGAACUCAUACAGGGGAGAAGCCUUAUAAAUGCAUGGAGUGUGGAAAGACUUUCAGUCGGAGUUCCUCCCUUAAUGUGCAUCAAAGAACUCAUACAGGGGAGAAACCUUAUAAAUGCAUGGAGUGUGGAAAGACUUUCAGUCGGAGUUCCUCCCUUAAUGAGCAUCAAAUAACUCAUACAGGGGAGAAACCUUAUGAAUGCAUGGAGUGUGGAAAGAGCUUCAGUGCCAGAAGCAUCCUUAUUAGACAUCAAAUAACUCAUACAGGGCAAAAACCAUAUAAAUGCCUGGAGUGUGGAAAGAGCUUCAGUCAGACUGCCUCCCUUAAUGUGCAUCGACGAACUCAUACAGGGGAAAAACCAUAUAAAUGCCUGGAGUGUGGAAAUAGAUUCAGAUACAGUGGCCACCUUAAUGUGCAUCAAAGAACUCAUACAGGGGAGAAACCUUAUAAAUGCAUGGAGUGUGGAAAGAGCUUCAGUUGCAGCAAGUCUGUUAAAAGGCAUCAUAUAAUUCACACACAGGAAAACCAUAUAAAUCCAUAUAAAUGCCUGGAGUGUGGAAAGAGCUUCAGCUGCAGUGGCUACCUUACUAAACAUCAAAGAACUCAUACAGGGGAGAAACCUUAUGAAUGCAUGGAGUGUGGAAAGAGAUUCAGAAACAGUGUCAACCUUAAUGUGCAUCGACAAACUCAUACAGGGGAAAAACCAUAUAAAUGCCUGGAGUGUGGAAAGAGCUUCAGAUACAGUGGCCACCUUAAUGUGCAUCAGAGAACUCAUACAGGGGAGAAACCUUAUGAAUGCAUGGAGUGUGGAAAGAGCUUCAGAAAGAGUGACUACCUUAAUGUGCAUCAGAGAACUCAUACAGGGGAGAAACCUUAUGAAUGCAUGGAGUGUGGAAAGAGCUUCAGAAAGAGUGGCCACCUUAAUGUGCAUCAGAGAACUCAUACAGGGGAGAAACCUUAUGAAUGCAUGGAGUGUGGAAAGAGCUUCAGAAAGAGUGGCCACCUUAAUGUGCAUCAGAUAACUCAUAUAGGGGAGAAACCUUAUGAAUGCAUGGAGUGUGGAAAGAGAUUCAGUUACAGUGGCUACCUUACUUUGCAUCAAAGAACUCAUACAGGGGAGAAACCUUAUAAAUGCUGGGAAUGUGGAAAGAGUUUCUUUGACAGUAGUACCCUUACUAAACAUCAAAGAACUCACACAGGGGAAAAACCAUAUAAAUGCAUGGAGUGUGGAAAGAGCUUCAAUCAGAGUGCCUCCCUUAAUGUGCAUCGACGACUUCAUACAGGUGAAAAACCUUAUAAAUGCAUGGAGUGUGGAAAGAGCUUCAGUGACUAUAGUACCUUUACUAAACAUCAAAGAACUCACAGGGGAGAAACUUUAUAAUUGCAUGGAGUGUGGAAAGAGCUUCCGUCACAGCAGGUCCCUUAACAUGCACCAUAGAAUUCACACAGGGGAGAAGCCUUAUAAGUGCAUUGAGUGUGGUGAAAGCUUCAAGUGCAAUUCUCACCUUAAAUGACAUCGGACACCUCGUACAGGGAACAAACCGCAUGAACGCCUGGAGUGUGGAAAGAGGUUUGGUCACGGUAGCCUCCUUACUUUGCAUCAAAGAACUCACACAGGGGGCAAACCGUAUAAAUGCUUGGAAUGUAGAAAAAGCUUCAGUGACUCUAGCACCCUUCAUGCACAUAGGAGAAUUCACACAGGGGACAAACCAUAUAAAUGUUUGCAGUGUGGAAAGAGCUACCGCCGCAGUCAUCACCUUUCUCGACACCGGAUAACUCAUUCAGGAGACUAACCCUAUGAAAGCUGAUGUGUGGAAAGAGCUUCCGUUACAGUGGUAAAAGCUGUUCUCCAACUGGAGCACUCGCAGACCAGUGUUUCCUAGUAGGGAGUUAGUAGCUCACUCUUUGACGAUGUGCAAUUCUUCACCUUCAUCCAUGCACGAGGGCUUUUCCAGUACAGCAAGGAAGCAGCUUAAGGACCAAAUACUUUACUGUCGCAAAAGUUCAGGCUCAGUAAAACAGUUUUGGGAGUAUGUAUAUCCAUCUGUCUAGUGAUAAGUCGCCAGUAGCCAGGUGCAAACUGUGUCUGGCGCCUGGCUAAUUUUGAACACUGCCCCACAUUGGUAUUUAAUUAAAAUAAGACACGAACUUGAGAAUUUCCCUCUGAUUUACCAAUCUGUUCAUUUAGGCAAGCAUUUCUGACUUUUGUUUUCAGACUAUGUGCUCAGAAUAUUUAGAGGGACGCUAUAAAAAAUUAUCGCAGAACAGCAUCUUUGUGUAUGCCUUAACUAAGCAGUAGACCUCUACCAAUAUGCUCUCUCUAUUCUGAACCAAGGUUAUCCUUGAUUUGUUAUGUAAGAUACCUGAUGCGGAUGAUCAACUGAAAGUCACAUAUAUGUUGUCUUGUUUGAGAAAUCUGUGACAAAGUUGCUGCCCAAAAUUGAGAAUGUUCAUUGAGGAGAACAUGGUGGACUGUAAAGAUUUAAUUGGGAAUGACAUCUAAAAACUUACUUGUGUGUGUGUAAUAUAGACUGAUACUGUAUUUUAAUGCCAUAUUUAUGUAUAUAUGUCAUAUGACCAUAAUGGUUCAAACAACAAACAAUAAACAUAUACCGUUUGUAGGCCUUUGCAGAUACAGUUACGUACAGAUAGAUGGACUGUAUAGGCAAAAGUGAGUAACAAGAAAGUAGUAUUUCUCAUGCCUUAACAUGUUAGAAGCUGAUUGGUUACUGCCGCAGAAUCCUAUAGUAGUAGUAGUACAAAUAAUAAUAAUAAUAAUAAUAAUAAUAAUAAUAAUAAAUUUAUUACUUAUACCCCACUCAUCUGGCUGGGCCUCCCCAGCCACUCUGGGCGGCUCCCAACAGAAUAUUAAAAACACAAUAAAACAUCAAUUUAUUAUUUCCUUGACAUCUGAAGGGAGGAUGUUCCAUAGGACGGGCGCCACUCUGCAGGGUUCCCUGUAUCCUCACUUUUUGCAGUGAGGGAACCACCAGAAGGCUUUGGAGGAGGACCGAUGGGGGUGGAGACGCUCCUUCAGGUUACUGGGCUGAGGCCAUUUAGGGCUUUAAAGGUCAGCACUAACACUUGGAAUUGUGGGAGUCAAUGUAGGUCUUUCAGGACCGGUGUUAUAUGGUCUCAGCAGUCAGUCCCAGCUAUAUUUUUGUUUGUGGAAAAAAAAUCCUGUGAGAAGCGGAUAAUAAAUCCUCGGUGUGCACAAUAAAUAUCUUUUGAUUCCGUUACCUGGUUUUAUUUGGAUCUCUGGUCAGGAACUCCUUCAUGAAUUUCCACAUCAUGUGUGCUGCUCUAAGCCCGGAAACACACCAUUUUGGAAAACUAAUUUGUGAAAUACAUGUUUUGUGAUGUACCAGAUUUGCCCCAAAGGGCAGUCAACUUAAAAAAAAUAUUUGUGUGGCCUGCAAGUCAUGCAAGGAUUUGGAAUCACUCGCAUAAAAGGCCGCUGGUCCCUUCCUUCUCCUUCCCCACUUUCUGUACAUGCAAUAGCAAAUUUUAUUUUUAAUGCAGCAGUUUUGUGCAGGAGAGCUUCUCCCCACAAAGAUGUGUUUUUUAUUACUACAGACAUUUGUAUAUUUCAUUUAUUACCUGCCCUUUAUUCAGCCAAAGUCCUGGUUGAAGAAGAAUGUUUUCGCUCGGGACCUAAAGGCGCAUAAUGAAGGUGCCAGCCAAAGCUCCCUGUGGAGAGCUUUCCACAAACGGAGCCACUGUAGAAAAGUCCCAGUCUUGUUUUGUCACCCUCCACACAUGGAAGAGGCACAUGAAGAAGUGUCUUAGAGGGUGAUAUCCAGCCUGGGGCAAUAUUUGAGGUAUUGUGAUCCUGAGCUGUUAAGGCUUUAUAGGUCCAAACCAGCACUUUGAAUUGGGCUCAGAAACUAAUUGGUUUCCAGUGUGGUUGGACCAGGAUCAGUGUAAUAUGCUCACACUGUCUUGCUUCGCUGAGCAACCUGACUGUCAAAUGCUGCAGCAGCUGUAGUUUCUGAACCACCGGCAGGCGCCACCUUCAUGCCUUCAACAACAAUGGGAAACUCUCUAAGGUAAAGGGAAAAAGCAGGAAACUCUCUAAGGUAAAGGGACCCUGACCAUUAGGUCCAGUCGUGACCAACUCUGGUGUUGCGGUGCUCAUCUCACUUUACUGGCCAAGGGAGCCGGCGUACAGCUUCCGGGUCAUGUGGCCAGCAUGACUAAGCCGCUUCUGGCGAAACAGAGCAGCGCACGGAAACGCCAUUUACCUUCCCGCUGGAGUGGUACCUAUUUAUCUACUUGCACUUGGAUGUGCUUUUGAACUGCUAGGUUGGCAGGAGCAGGGACCGAGCAACGGGAGCUCACCCCAUUGCGGGGAUUCGAACCGCCGACCUUCUAAUCGGCAAGUCCUAGGCUCUGUGGUUUAGACCAUAGCGCCACCCACGUCCCUUUUUGGGAAACUCUCUAGGAAGAACAAUAGAAAUGCUGGAAUUAAAGGAUUUGUUCAACUCAAAGCUCCCCUGCCUUCUCCAUUCGAAUGCAUUGGCUAAAAUUAGUACAAAGACCCUAGGUGGUUAGAUAGCUCCCCGAGCUCCAACAAGGAACUGGCCACACACUGUCAAGGAACCCAGACACCCCUCGACUUAAGGACAGGUGUGACGGACAGCACAGCCAGACCAGAGUCUGCUGGCGCAGUCUCCCUGAAAUUCUGUCAGAGUGAAGGAGCCUGUCACCGAUUGGCUACAAAGUCACAGAAGGGGGAGGAGCAGAACUUUGAGAGGGAGGAUAAAAAGAGGGAGGGAGGGAGAGAGAGAUAGGGCUACGGGUCAGGUGAAGAGAUGGGGCUUGAUUUGAGAAGAUAGGGAUGGAUUUGAGAAGAGAGAGGGUCAGGUUAAGACAGGGGUCCUCAAACUACGGCCCACAGGCCGGAUCAGGCCCGCCAAGGUCCUAAAUUCAGUUCUCGCUGCUGCUGCUGCUGCUGGCUGUCUGGCUUCUGGUGCUGUGGGGGUCCCAGGCCAGACGUGGAGAGGGCGGAGCAGGAAAUGGCGGCCAGGAGGCGUUGUGCGCAGGCGCUUCAGGCGGAAGGCAGCACCGCUGCUGGGGCCCAUCGCGGCUCAGUCGCCGCCCCUCCAGGUCUCCCGCUUCCCCACCACUCUCCUUCCCAUCUCGCAAGCCCCGCAUACCCCACCCAGCAUGCACGUCUCGCCUUUGCAACCUGCCACUGUUGGAGGAGUUUGGGAUGCUGUCAAGAAAAGCUCAGCGUCUCUUUCUCUGCGCACUGGCGCCAGUCUACUCAUGUGAGGCAGCCCUUUUGCAAAUUCCCACUGUCCUUUUUUAUGGCGGGGUGUGUGUGAGGAGAAUUCAGCUCCAUGCCUUGGUAGCCUUUGCAAGUUUUAACUUCUUCUGGAAGGGGUUGGCUCUCUCCAGGGAGAGAUCCCUGGAGGGCUGCAGGUUAGCGAGAGUGGCGGGUGCCACCCAGCGCUACCAUUUUAAUCUCUGGGGUGGCGGAAGAAGAUGGGGUGGGGUGGAACUGUCUAUUUCCAGCCCCUGCAAGUUCCAAAGCAGAGAAGCAUUUCGAAAAGUGCAGCUACCUCCUGAAUUUGACACACAAACCCCCCACUCUGCUUUCUCCCUUCCUAAGCCCCUCUCUCUUAUCUUCCUCUCACUUUCCAGGCUUGCCAUUCCCACUGCUCCCACGUUUUGCAGUUUUUGGGGGGUGGGGUGGGGGAGAGAAAAACGCCCGCCCAUGAUUAUUUAGCUGAUUCUCUCCUGACCAACAUAAAUUAGCAGGCCCAUACUUCCCAUUGAAAUAUUUAUAGAGUGGUACCUCAGGUUAAGAACUUAAUUGCUCCAGAAGUCCGUUCUAACCUGAAACUGUUCUUAGCCUGAAGCACCACUUUAGCGAAUGGGGCCUCCCACUGCUGCCACCGCGCGGUUUCUGUUCUCACCCUGAAGCAAAGUUCUUAACCUGAGGUACUAUUUCUAGUUAGCAGAGUCUGUAACCCGAAGCGCCUGUAACCCGAAGCGUCUGUAACCCAAGGUACCACUGUAAGUUUAUGUUGAUUAAAAUCAUUCUUCAUUUUAAAGAAGGCUGAUCGCCGAAGAAUUGAUGCUUUUGAAUUAUGGUGCUGGAGGAGACUCUUGAGAGUCCCAUGGACUGCAAGAAGAUCAAACCUCUCCAUUCUUAAGGAAAUCAGCCCUGAGUGCUCACUGGAAGGACAGAUCCUGACGCUGAAGCUCCAAUACUUUGGCCACCUCCUGAGAAGAGAAGACCCCUGGAAAAGACCCUGAUGUUGGGAAAGAUGGAGGGCACAAGGAGAAGGGGGAGACAGAGGACAAGAUGGUUGGAUAGUGUUUUUGAGGUUACCAGCAUGGGUUUGACCAAACUGCAGGAGGCAGUGGAGGACAGAGGUGCCUGGCGUGCUCUGGUCCAGGGGGUCACAAAGAGUCGGACACGACUAAACGACUAAACAACAACCACAAUGGCUUCCUCCCGUUUCGCCCGGCUCCCGAGCUGCCCCUUCGCGGGGCAGGAGGAGGAGCCGCUGCUGCCUCCGGGGCACCUAUGUGGGUGUCGUCGCUGCUCAGGAGCCUCUGAGUGCGUGCAGAGUGCAGACCGAGCAAGGCAGCGAGGGCAUCCCUGGGCGCAGCCGCCUGUGCGGGAAGAGCCGGGCUGGGGUCCGGGUGGGGUGGAGAAGGGCUUCCUGCAGCAACAGUGCAGGCCAAGCUGAGCCGGGCAGACGAGGGGCAGCUGCAGAGGUCUGUGGAGAGAGUCAUCCAGGCUCUCAUAGGCGAAGUAUUGGGGCUCCUGGGGGGCCCGGCAGCUGGGGAGGGAAGGCUCCUUGACCCACUGGGACACCGAGGGAAAUCGAGCCUUUUCAGCAGAGACAGACAUCACUUGACACUCAUGGAAACUGAAUUGCAUUUGCUGUCUUACUUAUUUUGCAGCGCAUUCACUCAGUUUGGCAAGUUCCUGUGUCACAGGCAAACUUGGCUUCCUCUGCCCCUAACUCUAGAUCCUUUAUGAGCAAGUUUAAAAGGCACAGUUUCCACUUUCUAUAGCUCCAGUGGGAAAACUCCAUCUUUCCCUACCAUUUAGCCAAUACCUCCUUUGCCUUUAAUCCACAUUGUUUGAACUGCAAUUCAUUAGCUAUAACACGCAAUGUGCAUAGGAAUUCGUUUUUUUGGACUUGCCAAAAAAAUAUAGUCCGGCCCACAACAGUGUCUGAGGGACAGCGCACCGGCCCCCUGUUGAAAAAGUUUAAGGACCCCUGGCAUAGAGAGUGGGUAACUGAGGAAAAGUGCCCCCCAUGAACCAAGGUAUUAAUGGGUGAAGGAAGCUGUAUGGUGUUAAAAGUAUUUUGUGGCAGAGAGGAGGCAGAGAUGAGUCAGGCUGGUGACUAAGUUAGGGGGUCUCGCCCUCCUGCUCUGACCAGCUCCUCCCCCUUGAUCUCUCAGAAUCUGCAAAGGGAUGAAGAGGGCGGAGCACAGGCAGAUAAGGCGAAGAAAUCUCAGGUUGCUUGGGAGAGGAGCAGACUUAGGGAGCCUGUGGGAGAUAGCUGAAUGCUUCUCCAUGAAAGGAGCAGCAAAUCCUGGCUUAUAGAAAGCCAGCAUGUCAGGGAACAGAUGAGGACAGAACCUUUCCCCUGGAAUUUGUGGCAACUGCCAAGAGGGCAAAUCCUAUGCUAGGGGUUAUUAAGAACCUAAGAAUGACCCAGGUGCAGAAUGGCUGGGACAACCCAGUCAGAUGGAUGGGGUACAAUAAAUAAAUGAUUAGUGUUAGUACAGUGGUACCUCGGGUUACAUACGCUUCAGGUUACAGACUCCGCUAACCCAGAAAGAUUACCUCGGGUUAAGAUCUUUGCUUCAGGAUGAGAACAGAAAUCGUGCAGCAGCGGCACAGCGGCAGCAGAAGGCCCCAUUAGCUAAAGUGGUGCUUCAGGUUAAGAACAGUUUCAGGUUAGGAAUGGACUUCCAGAACGAAUUAAGUAUUUAACCCGAGGUACCACUGUAUUAGUAUUUGCAUCCACUGCCUGAAGCAUAGCUGUCAACUUUUCCCUUUUUUUAAGGGAAAUUCCCUUAUUCCGAAUAGGAUUCCUCGCAAGAAAAGGGAAAAGUGGACAGCUAUGGCCUGAAGUGGCUGCCUCCGUCUGCCUCAUGGACUGUAGAGUUAUUCUUAGGUUCCUAAUAACCCCUAGCAUGGAAUUUGCCCGUUCCACAGUUGCCACAAAUUUAAAUUCCAGGGACCAGGGGAGAAAGGUUUUGUUUUCCCCUGUUCCCUGGCAAGCUAGCUUUCUAUAAGCAAGGAGAGGCAUUCAGCUAUUUACACACACCUGAGAUCACCCGCCUUUCCUGCUCUAUCUCUGAAGGAGGCCAAAAAGAGGCAGCUCCCUCCCUGUUUGCUCUUCAAUGGUUAACAGCAGCAACAGCAUCUGAGCCCACAUUCCUAGAGCAGAAGAUUGCAAAGAGGAGGAGAUUUGGGGAGGGGGGGAGAGAGAGGGGGAAUGUGCCCCUUUCCUCUUCCGCAGAUCUGAAAGGGAAAAAAAUGCAAAGUGUUCCACGUGAGUUUCUUCUUGCUUUCAUAGAGAUGCUGAAGGCGGCCGCAGGGAGGGAAAUGCAAGAUUAAGGCAAAUAAUUCCGCGUGCUGGGGAAAGCAGGACUCCCGCAAGAGCUCUUCCCUAACCAAAUUAUUAGGCUCAUUGGAGAGAUGCGCUCCGUGCACUGAGAGAUCCAGGUAGGUUAAUCACUCUGCAGGUAAGCAUCCCUCCAUGAUCUCCCCCCAACCUACAACAGCUUCUUGUUUCCUGUGUUGGGGACCUUAUUUAGGGAAGCUUUUAAUGUUUGAUGUAUUACAGUAUUUUAAUAUUUUUUUGGAAGCCGCCCAGGGUGGCUGUGGAAGCCCAGCCAGAUGGGCAGGGUAUAAAUAAUUAAUAAAUUAUUAUUAUUAUUAUUAUUAUUAUUAUUAUUAUUCACUAGUAAUCUGCAAUCAUUUCCUUAUGCUGCAUAAAUUAAGGUUGCCACUUUCCACAUCUCUCUCUUUGCUCCUGUGCCUUCAAAAGACUCCAGAAAGGCAUAAACGAAGCUUUUCCACAAAUGGGAAGGGGGACGGGGUUGGGAGUGUUAACGGAGAAAUCUGAGGGCUCCCUUGGACAAAAACAAGGACAGCAGCCAAGAAUACCAGAGUAAAACAGCAGCCAGUAGGCUUGGUCUUUACUGAAGACUGUCGCGACAGGACUCCCACAUGCCACAAGGUGGAACAAGAUGAAAGCCCUGGACAAAAGAGAACCCAAACUUUUAUUAGCUGCUAGUCCCCAUUUUACCCUCCCCAAACUACAUCACUCAUACAUCAUGGUUACAUCAUGAAAGGGGAGGUCUGGUGGCAGUAAUCUGAGCAUCCUGGACCCUGCCCCAUGGUUCUCCUUGCCCUCCACCAAACACCCAUCAAGUGUAACAAAAAGAUAUUUACAUUUCCCUGUUUCCCAGCCAAGUUAAUCGCACCCUUUUAUCUUUAUCUGGCUUUCUUUUUUCUGGAAUGGCUACCUGUCUGGCAAGGGACGUGGAUGGUGCUGUGGGUUAAGCCACAGAGUCUAUGACUUGCAAGGUCGGUGGUUCGAAUCCCCACAAUGGGGUGAGCUCCCGUUGCUUGGUCCCUGCUCCUGCCAACCUAGCAGUUUGAAAGCACAUCAAAGUGCAAGUAGAUAAAUAGGUACCACUCCAGCGGGAAGGUAAACGGCGUUUCCGUGCGCUGCUCUGGUUUGCCAGAAGCGGCUUAGUCAUGCUGGCCACAUGACCUGGAAGCUGUACGCUGGCUCCCUUGGCCAAUAAAGCGAGAUGAGCGCCGCAACCCCAGUCGAUCACGACUGGACCUAAUGGUCUGGGGUCCCCUUUACUUUUUACCUGUCUGGCACUCAGGUAUCAGGAUGCCAGGGAUUAUCACUCAGGCAGAGGGGCUGCUGAGUAGCUGAGCUCACGUGUCUAUAUGAAUUUCUGAAGUUUUCCCAGUGAGCCAGUACAUAGAUACAUUUAUCAGUGAAUUCUUACAUUUGGUAUCGUGCAGCAGAGGCCCUUUGAAUAGACAGGAAGAAACUGUGAUGAAGUGUUUUGUGGGGACAGAUUACAAAAGUCACAAAAGUGAUUGUGCUGAUUUUGGUAGUGGGCUGCAUGUGCAUGAUAUCUGCUGGAGGGGCAUCCCACCCCCAAAAUCUAUACAUAAUCUAUACAUAAAUUUCUGCAACAGGAGGCUCUCAUGCCACAUUGCCAGGUACCUGGUGGUGAAUGUUAAACUGCACAGGAGCAAGGCCAGGGGGAAAAAACAACAACGUUGGCAAUCCUAAUCAAUUUUGCGUGCUCAAGAAAGCCGGCCAAUGGAAGGCGGAAUUGAGAGGAGUUCCCAGCAAGUUGGACCAAGAAGCAUCACUGCAGUGGAGAUGGAAUGCAUGGUAGCUGUUGUGGCAGGCAGCCAUUGAUAGCCGUCUCCUCUAUAUGAAUCUUUUCCAAUUGUAUUUUAACACCAUCCAAGUUUGUGGCCGUCACUGCCUCUUGUGGAAGAGAGUUCCAUCGUUUAAUAAUGUGCUGUGUGCACAAGGCCUUCUUUUUGUCUUGUCCUGAAUCUUCUGACCUUCAACUUCAACUGGACGAGCUUGAAUUCAGGCAAAAACGUUCCUCUUUAACCGGGUCUUUGGUUGAUUGUCAUCCGAUGCCAAUGUAGGUCUUUCAGGACAGGUGUUAUGUGGUCUCAGUGGCCAGUCCCAACUAUAUUUUGGUGCGUGGGGAAAAAUCAUGUGACACGAGCCCUACCUGUGUGCACAAUAAAUAUUUUUUUUAUUCCAUUACCUAGUUUUAUUUUGAUCCCCGGUCAGGACCUCCUUCAUGAAUUUCCACAUCGUGUGUGCUAUUCUAAGCCAGGAAACCAAGGUCCCUUGUGGGGGUUUGUUUGCCUGUGUGCAUGCACCAUUUUAGAGGCACACUUGGAAAGGACUCAGUUGGAUCCAAAAUAGCCAAUCCAAACUCAAGAUUCUGUCAGGUAUUCUGUCAUUUGAAAAUAUUUAAAGCCCUCAUCUUUUUACAGCCGCUGGACCUCUCUUCUCAGCUGAUUUCAAAAAUAUGUGCAUCUUUAAUUUUGUUUUCCUAAUUCUGAUUUCAACCAGGAUCUUUGAAACAAUUGCAGUUCCUUGCCUCUUAAUGCCGCCUGCCUUUUAGAAUUUAUAACCAUGGCAACCCCUUUGUAAGCCGCCUUGGCUCUCGGUCUGGGAGAAAGGCGGGAUAUAAAUAAGUAGAAUACUAAAGGUGAGGAUAAAGCUGCUCUUGAACUCAGAUCCUGCUUGGAGCGCCUGCGGAGGAGGGAUUCAGUCCUGGGGGCGCCGCUGGCCUGAUCCUGCAGCCGGGUUUCCCCCUCCUGCUUCAGAGCCGGAGACCAGCCGGGCUCCCUCUCUGCCCGGAGCAGCCAAGAGGCUCCUACCCCGCGGCUGCGCAAGGGUUAACAGCGGCGACAGAGCUUCGAUUCCUAGAGCGGAAGGGAAGACUGGGGGAGAGAGGAGGCGCUUCCGCUUCCUGUUCCGCUUCCCGGGUUGAUGCUGUCCUCCCUGGAGGCGGGUAACUGGGGGGUCGGGGGGGCCGAGCCAGGGGCGGAAUCGGGGGGCGAGAGGGAGGGAGCCGCGUCCCUCCUGGGGGGAACUCAGGGGCGACGGGGAAAGGUCGUCUUCUCCUGGGAGGGGAAGCGGGAGGCCGAAGCGACGCUCCUCGCUGGCCUUGACCGGCCUCUGGCCUCAUCCUGCGGCCUUUUCUCCCGCUCCUCUGUCCAGAGAACGCAGAAGGAGCGCCCAGCAAAGGCCGCAGGGCAGGGAAUGGGGAGGAAUGGCAGGGAGUAAACAGGGAGUCAGGAGAGUCUCCUGCCAGCCAGAGAGGAGCAGGAGGAAUAAUUAUUAUUUUAUUCAUUCAUACCCCUGCCCAUUUAGCUGGGCUUCCCCAGCCACUCUGGGCGGCUCCCAACAGAAAAUUAAAAGCACUAUAAAAGAUGAAACAUUCAAAGCUUUCCUCAACCGGGCUGCCCUCAGAUGUCUUCUUAAAGUCAGAUAGUUGUUUAUUUCCUUGACAUCUGAUGGGAGGGCUUUCCACAGGGCGGGUGCUACUACCGAGAAGGCCCUCUGCCUGGUUCCCUGUAACCUCGCAGGGAGGGAACCGCCAGAAGGCCCUUGGAGCUGGGCCUCAGUGUCAGGACUGAGCGAUGGGGUGGAGAUGCUCCUUCAGGUAUACAGGCUGAGGCCAUUUAGGGCUUUAAAGGUCAGCACCAACACUUUGAAUUUUGCUCGGAAACAUACUGGGAGCUAAUGUAGGUCUUUCAGGUCUUAGUUGGCUGCUGCUCCCAGUUACCAGUCUAGCUGCUGCAUUCUGGAUUUGAUCUAGUUUCCGGGUCACCUUCAAAGGUAGCGCCCCAUAGAGUGCAGAAGGAGCUGCAGACUCUAUGGCAGGAGAGGAUCCUCCUCAGUUAAGACUCUUUAGCAUUUUAUUGUAUCGAAGGCCAUAGGUCCACUGCAAAUUAAACCAUGAGAAAAAACUUUUCCUCUGCAAAAUGUAUGUACGUACUAAACAUGUAUCAUUAAAAAAGGUGGGCCCCUGGGGAUAUAACUGGCCAUCUGCAGCUGUAGUAAUUUUAUCUUAUGUUCAAGAUUUCUAAACAGCUAAUUCAAAAGGUCUCUCAAGUGGCACAGUGAUCCAAUGGGAGCUAGAACACAACUAAAACCCACAAACCAAUUUAGAAACCAGUAUGCAUAAAGCCAUCAUUGAAAAAUUUUCCUCUCCACUUCCCAUUUUGCCUCUUGGGCAGCAUGUAUGGUCUUUACACACUUGAGGAAGGAGGGAGUAUGGGGUGGGACAAAACACUCAUUUCCCCAGUCUUAAAUUUAGUUAUCCAGAUUUUAACAUCUUAUUAAAAAACAAAUAAACACUGAAGGUAAAAUCUCCAGUUGCCCCAUCUAUCAUCGGAGGGGGAGCUGAGGGGAGAUGGUUUCCACACCUUGCCUUGGAGUGUCUAUAAGGAAGGAAAUUGUUCUGUCCUUCCAGGGAUCAGUGAGCUUUGACAGGUGUCCUUGCAUUUCGCUGACGACAACUGGGCCCUACGGAGAGCUCUGUACAAGGACGUCAUGGUGGAGGUUCAUGAGAUGGUGGCCUCUCAGGGUAAGGAUCCUUUGCGCCUUCAUUAAUAGUUAUAAUAGGUAUGGGUUCCUCGGAGUGCCUCCCUUCAGCUCCGCUAAAGGAGGUCACAGUGUUUGUUUUUCUCUUAAGUUAAAGGCCAGAAGCCUGGCUGAGAAUAAAUAUUAUUGCUUCUCUGCUACAAUUAGCCAUUGAUGGCUUCUGGGUUGCCUCCCUGGGGGAGAGCAUUCUUUAGGUGGGGAGCCAGCACUGAAAGACGCAUUCCGUAUUGCCUCUCUUUGCACCUCAAUUGGAGAGGGCACUGUGAGAAGGACCUCUGAUGAUGAGUGCAGGCUCUAGGUGGAUUCAUGAGAAGCAGUCCUUGAGCUACAUAAGUCAAAAUCAGCACCUUGACUUGAAGACAGCAAACCAGAUAUGCUCAGAGCCUCUUGCACCGGUCAGCACUCUGUAGUUUCUGAACGGUCUUCUAAAGCAGCCUGAAGUAUAAUGCAUUGUGGCAAUCUAGCAUGGAGAAUGGUAGAAAAAGCAUACUAAAAAUCUUCUGUGUGGGGGAUUCUAAUUUGUAGAAUACUUGAGUAUCUUGUUAUUGUUAUUGGUUUCUAUUGAUGUAUUGGUUUGUUUGUUGCAUAUAUAGAAUCUUCUGUUUCUUAAUAUUUGAGGUUUGAUUGCAUUUUUAUAUAUGCUGCAAGCCACCCAGAGAGGCUUGGGAAACCCAGCCAGACGGUUGGGAUAUAAAUGAAAUAAAUGCUACUAUUGUUAUUAUUCAUUUUGGUUUUUCAACAAGCUCUGCAGAUCUAGGCUUUUCAAGCUUCUCUGAGUUGCAGUGCUGUAUUAUCAAUGCUCAGGGGUGGCCUCACUUCUGCCCCCACAAUGGGGGCUCAAAAUCCAUAAGGAGCGUACCCCUGCAAGUUGGGUGGGGUGGUCCCCACGAGACCUCCAAGGGGUGCAGACGCCCCCCCAUUCACUGGCAAAGAGCCUUUUCAGAUCCUGACAAAGCUGAAUGGUGGAAUGUCUGCCCUCUGGUGGACAUGCCCUUGUUGGGGAGGAUCCUUUUCGGGACUUGGCUGGAGGGGAGAGGACUCACAGAGCUUUGCUGCCCAUCCCACUUCAGCCCUGGAGGCCGGGGAGACUAGCAGCAAAGCUGAGCAGUGACGCCCUUUGGGGGUGACACCUGAGACAGCCACCUCACACAGGCCCAUAGGCAGGCAGGCUCUGUUGAUGUUAUUGCCUGCUGGUUUAAAUUGUGUUAUUUAUGGCUUGGUUAAUCUUAGGGGCUGCUCACCAGAACUUUUCUGAUACAAAUAACUGGUGAUAUUUUAUUAAAACCAGGUAUCACAUCAUUGUUUUAAUGUAAAACGCCGUUAACAUAGUGACAGGCCUUGAGUUUUGAUAAGGAAACAGCUGUAUCAACCUUUAUUUUAAUUUUUUUAUUCCAUCAGGAGAUGUUUGGGGGGUCCUGGAUGAGGAGGAACCACCAGAAGCCUGGCCAGAAAGAGGUGAGGCGCAAGAGAACGAAAGGAAGUUGGGGGUUCAAGAUGGAGCCAACAAACAAGAGAGGAGAGAAACAGUGAAGCCAAGGGAUGAACACAGUGUUUCCCAAGAAGAUGAAAAUCAACUUAACAGGGUGGAGAAAAACAUGAAUGUACUGUGUGCGGAAAGAGAUUCUGUAGUCGCUCAGCCCUUGCUACACAUCAAAGCGUACACUCAGGUGAAAAACCUUAUGAAUGCAUGGAGUGUGGAAAGAGAUUCAGAAACAGUGGCCAACUUAAUAUGCAUCAGAUAACUCAUACAGGGGAGAAGCCUUAUGAAUGCAUGGAGUGUGGAAAGAGCUUCAGUGCCAGAAGCAACCUUAUUAGACAUCAAAUAACUCAUACAGGGGAGAAACCUUAUGAAUGCAUGGAGUGUGGAAAGAGAUUCAGUUACAGUGGCCAACUUAAUGUGCAUCAAAUAACUCAUAUAGGGGAGAAACCUUAUGAAUGCAUGGAGUGUGGAAAGAGCUUCAGAAACAGUGGCCAACUUAAUGUGCAUCAGAUAACUCAUACAGGGGAGAAACCUUAUGAAUGCAUGGAGUGUGGAAAAUGCUUCAGAUCCAGUAGCUACCUUACUUUGCAUCAAAGAACUCAUACAGGGGAGAAACCUUAUAAAUGCUGGGAAUGUGGAAAGAGUUUCUUUGACAGUAGUACCCUUACUAAACAUCAAAGAACUCACACAGGGGAAAAACCAUAUAAAUGCAUGGAGUGUGGAAAGAGCUUCAAUCAGAGUGCCUCCCUUAAUGUGCAUCGACGACUUCAUACAGGUGAAAAACCUUAUAAAUGCAUGGAGUGUGGAAAGAGCUUCAGUGACUCUAGCACCCUUCAUGCACAUAGGAGAAUUCACACAGGGGACAAACCAUAUAAAUGUUUGCAGUGUGGAAAGAGCUACUGCCGCAGUCAUCACCUUUCUCGACACCGGAUAACUCAUUCAGGAGACUAACCCUAUGAAAGCUGAUGUGUGGAAAGAGCUUCUGUUACAGUGGUAAAAGCUGUUCUCCAAUUGGAGCACUCGCAGACCAGUGUUUCCUAGUAGGGAGUUAGUAGCUCACUCUUUAACGAUGUGCAAUUCUUCACCUUCAUCCAUGCACGAGGGCUUUUCCAGUACAGCAAGGAAGCAGCUUAAGGACCAAAUACUUUACUGUCGCAAAAGUUCAGGCUCAGUAAAACAGUUUUGGGAGUAUGUAUAUCCAUCUGUCUAGUGAUAAGUCGCCAGUAGCCAGGUGCAAACUGUGUCUGGCGCCUGGCUAAUUUUGAACACUGCCCCACAUUGGUAUUUAAUUAAAAUAAGACACGAACUUGAGAAUUUCCCUCUGAUUUACCAAUCUGUUCAUUUAGGCAAGCAUUUCUGACUUUUGUUUUCAGACUAUGUGCUCAGAAUAUUUAGAGGGACGCUAUAAAAAAUUAUCGCAGAACAGCAUCUUUGUGUAUGCCUUAACUAAGCAGUAGACCUCUACCAAUAUGCUCUCUCUAUUCUGAACCAAGGUUAUCCUUGAUUUGUUAUGUAAGAUACCUGAUGCGGAUGAUCAACUGAAAGUCACAUAUAUGUUGUCUUGUUUGAGAAAUCUGUGACAAAGUUGCUGCCCAAAAAUUGAGAAUGUUCAUUGAGGAGAACAUGGUGGACUGUAAAGAUUUAAUUGGGAAUGACAUCUAAAAACUUAUUUGUGUGUGUGUAAUAUAGACUGAUACUGUAUUUUAAUGCCAUAUUUAUGUAUAUAUGUCAUAUGACCAUAAUGGUACAAACAAUAAACAUAUACCGUUUGUAGGCCUUUGCAGAUACAGUUAUGUACAGAUAGAUGGACUGUAUAGGCAAAAGUGAGUAACAAGAAAGUAGUAUUUCUCAUGCCUUAACAUGUUAGAAGCUGAUUGGUUACUGCCGCAGAAUCCUAUAGUAGUAGUAGUAGUACAAAUAAUAAUAAUAAUAAUAAUAAUAAUAAUAAUAAUAAUAUUACUUAUACCCCACUCAUCUGGCUGGGCCUCCCCAGCCACUCUGGGCUGCUCCCAACAGAAUAUUAAAAACACAAUAAAACAUCAAUUUAUUAUUUCCUUGACAUCUGAAGGAGGAUGUUCCAUAGGACGGGCGCCACUCUGCAGGGUUCCCUGUAUCCUCACUUUUUGCAGUGAGGGAACCACCAGAAGGCUUUGGAGGAGGACCGAUGGGGGUGGAGACGCUCCUUCAGGUAUACUGGGCUGAGGCCAUUUAGGGCUUUAAAGGUCAGCACUAACACUUGGAAUUGUGGGAGUCAAUGUAGGUCUUUCAGGACCGGUGUUAUAUGGUCUCAGCAGUCAGUCCCAGCUAUAUUUUUGUUCGUGGGAAAAAAAUCCUGUGAGAAGCGGAUAAUAAAUCCUCGGUGUGCACAAUAAAUAUUUUUUGCUUCCGUUACCUGGUUUUAUUUGGAUCUCUGGUCAGGAACUCCUUCAUGAAUUUCCACAUCAUGUGUGCUGCUCUAAGCCCGGAAACACACCAUUUUGGAAAACUAAUUUGUGAAAUACAUGUUUUGUGAUGUACCAGAUUUGCCCCAAAGGGCAGUCAACUUUAAAAAAAUAUUUGUGUGGCCUGCAAGUCAUGCAAGGAUUUGGAAUCACUCGCAUAAAAGGCCGCUGGUCCCUUCCUUCUCCUUCCCCACUUUCUGUACAUGCAAUAGCAAAUUUUAUUUUUAAUGCAGCAGUUUUGUGCAGGAGAGCUUCUCCCCACAAAGAUGUGUUUUUUAUUACUACAGACAUUUGUAUAUUUCAUUUAUUACCUGCCCUUUAUUCAGCCAAAGUCCUGGUUGAAGAAGAAUGUUUUCGCUCGGGACCUAAAGGCGCAUAAUGAAGGUGCCAGCCAAAGCUCCCUGUGGAGAGCUUUCCACAAACGGAGCCACUGUAGAAAAGUCCCAGUCUUGUUUUGUCACCCUCCACACAUGGAAGAGGCACAUGAAGAAGUGUCUUAGAGGGUGAUAUCCAGCCUGGGGCAAUAUUUGAGGUAUUGUGAUCCUGAGCUGUUAAGGCUUUAUAGGUCCAAACCAGCACUUUGAAUUGGGCUCAGAAACUAAUUGGUUUCCAGUGUGGUUGGACCAGGAUCAGUGUAAUAUGCUCACACUGUCUUGCUUCGCUGAGCAACCUGACUGUCAAAUUCUGCAGCAGCUGAAGUAUCUGAACCACCGGCAGGCGCCACCUUCAUGCCUUCAACAACAAUGGGAAACUCUCUAAGGUAAAGGGAAAAGCAGGAAACUCUCUAAGGUAAAGGGACCCCUGACCAUUAGGUCCAGUCGUGACCAACUCUGGUGUUGCGGUGCUCAUCUCACUUUACUGGCCAAGGGAGCCGGCGUACAGCUUCCGGGUCAUGUGGCCAGCAUGACUAAGCCGCUUCUGGCGAAACAGAGCAGCGCACGGAAACGCCAUUUACCUUCCCGCUGGAGUGGUACCUAUUUAUCUACUUGCACUUGGAUGUGCUUUUGAACUGCUAGGUUGGCAGGAGCAGGGACCGAGCAACGGGAGCUCACCCCAUUGCGGGGAUUCGAACCGCCGACCUUCUAAUCGGCAAGUCCUAGGCUCUGUGGUUUAGACCAUAGCGCCACCCACGUCCCUUUUUGGGAAACUCUCUAGGAAGAACAAUAGAAAUACUGGAAUUAAAGGAUUUGUUCAACUCAAAGCUCCCCUGCCUUCUCCAUUCGAAUGCAUUGGCUAAAAUUAGUACAAAGACCCUAGGUGGUUAGAUAGCUCCCCGAGCUCCAACAAGGAACUGGCCACACACUGUCAAGGAACCCAGACACCCCUCGACUUAAGGACAGGUGUGACGGACAGCACAGCCAGACCAGAGUCUGCUGGUGCAGUCUCCCUGAAAUUCUGUCAGAGUGAAGGAGCCUGUCACCGAUUGGCUACAAAGUCACAGAAAGGGGAGGAGCAGAACUUUGAGAGGGAGGAUAAAAAGAGGGAGGGAGGGAGAGAGAGAUAGGGCUACGGGUCAGGUGAAGAGAUGGGGCUUGAUUUGAGAAGAUAGGGAUGGAUUUGAGAAGAGAGAGGGUCAGGUUAAGACAGGGGUCCUCAAACUACGGCCCACAGGCCGGAUCAGGCCCGCCAAGGUCCUAAAUUCAGUUCUCGCUGCUGCUGCUGCUGCUGGCUGUCUGGCUUCUGGUGCUGUGGGGGUCCCAGGCCAGACGUGGAGAGGGCGGAGCAGGAAAUGGCGGCCAGGAGGCGUUGUGCGCAGGCGCUUCAGGCGGAAGGCAGCACCGCUGCUGGGGCCCUCGCGGCUCAGUCGCCGCCCCUCCAGGUCUCCCGCUUCCCCACCACUCUCCUUCCCAUCUCGCAAGCCCCGCAUACCCCACCCAGCAUGCACGUCUCGCCUUUGCAACCUGCCACUGUUGGAGGAGUUUGGGAUGCUGUCAAGAAAAGCUCAGCGUCUCUUUCUCUGCGCACUGGCGCCAGUCUACUCAUGUGAGGCAGCCCUUUUUGCAAAUUCCCACUGUCCUUUUUUUAUGGCGGGGGGUGUGUGAGGAGAAUUCAGCUCCAUGCCUUGGUAGCCUUUGCAAGUUUUAACUUCUUCUGGAAGGGGUUGGCUCUCUCCAGGGAGAGAUCCCUGAAGGGCUGCAGGUUAGCGAGUAGGCGGGUGCCACCCAGCGCUACCAUUUUAAUCUCUGGGGUGGCGGAAGAAGAUGGGGUGGGGUGGAACUGUCUAUUUCCAGCCCCUGCAAGUUCCAAAGCAGAGAAGCAUUUCGAAAAGUGCAGCUACCUCCUGAAUUUGACACACAAACCCCCCACUCUGCUUUCUCCCUUCCUAAGCCCCUCUCUCUUCCUCUCACUUUCCAGGCUUGCCCUUUCACUGCCAUUCCCACUGCUCCCACGUUUUGCAGUUUUUGGGGGGUGGGGUGGGGGAGAGAAAAACGCCCGCCCAUGAUUAUUUAGCUGAUUCUCUCCUGACCAACAUAAAUUAGCAGGCCCAUACUUCCCAUUGAAAUAUUUAUAGAGUGGUACCUUGGGUUAAGAACUUAAUUCGCUCCAGAAGUCCGUUCUUAACCUGAAACUGUUCUUAGCCUGAAGCACCACUUUAGCGAAUGGGGCCUCCCACUGCUGCCACCGCGCGGUUUCUGUUCUCACCCUGAAGCAAAGUUCUUAACCUGAGGUACUAUUUCUAGUUAGCAGAGUCUGUAACCCGCAGCCUCUGUAACCCGAAGCGUCUGUAACCCAAGGUACCACUGUAAGUUUAUGUUGAUUAAAAUCAUUCUUCAUUUUAAAGAAGGCUGAUCGCCGAAGAAUUGAUGCUUUUGAAUUAUGGUGCUGGAGGAGACUCUUGAGAGUCCCAUGGACUGCAAGAAGAUCAAACCUCUCCAUUCUUAAGGAAAUCAGCCCUGAGUGCUCACUGGAAGGACAGAUCCUGACGCUGAAGCUCCAAUACUUUGGCCACCUCCUGAGAAGAGAAGACCCCUGGAAAAGACCCUGAUGUUGGGAAAGAUGGAGGGCACAAGGAGAAGGGGGAGACAGAGGACAAGAUGGUUGGAUAGUGUUUUUGAGGUUACCAGCAUGGGUUUGACCAAACUGCAGGAGGCAGUGGAGGACAGAGGUGCCUGGCGUGCUCUGGUCCAGGGGGUCACAAAGAGUCGGACACGACUAAACGACUAAACAACAACCACAAUGGCUUCCUCCCGGUUCGCCCGGCCCCGAGCUGCCCCUUCGCGGGGCAGGAGGAGGAGCCGCUGCUGCCUCCGGGGCACCUAUGUGGGUGUCGUCGCUGCUCAGGAGCCUCUGAGUGCGUGCAGAGUGCAGACCGAGCAAGGCAGCGAGGGCAUCCCUGGGCGCAGCCGCCUGUGCGGGAAGAGCCGGGCUGGGGUCCGGGUGGGGUGGAGAAGGGCUUCCUGCAGCAACAGUGCAGGCCAAGCUGAGCCGGGCAGACGAGGGGCAGCUGCAGAGGUCUGUGGAGAGAGUCAUCCAGGCUCUCAUAGGCGAAGUAUUGGGGCUCCUGGGGGGCCCGGCAGCUGGGGAGGGAAGGCUCCUUGACCCACUGGGACACCGAGGGAAAUCGAGCCUUUUCAGCAGAGACAGACAUCACUUGACACUCAUGGAAACUGAAUUGCAUUUGCUGUCUUACUUAUUUUGCAGCGCAUUCACUCAGUUUGGCAAGUUCCUGUGUCACAGGCGAACUUGGCUUCCUCUGCCCCUAACUCUAGAUCCUUUAUGAGCAAGUUUAAAAGGCACAGUUUCCACUUUCUAUAGCUCCAGUGGGAAAACUCCAUCUUUCCCUACCAUUUAGCCAAUACCUCCUUUGCCUUUAAUCCACAUUGUUUGAACUGCAAUUCAUUAGCUAUAACACGCAAUGUGCAUAGGAAUUCGUUUUUUGGACUUGCCAAAAAAAUAUAGUCCGGCCCACAACAGUGUCUGAGGGACAGCGCACCGGCCCCCUGUUGAAAAAGUUUAAGGACCCCUGGCAUAGAGAGUGGGUAACUGAGGAAAAGUGCCCCCCAUGAACCAAGGUAUUAAUGGGUGAAGGAAGCUGUAUGGUGUUAAAAGUAUUUUGUGGCAGAGAGGAGGCAGAGAUGAGUCAGGCUGGUGACUAAGUUAGGGGGUCUCGCCCUCCUGCUCUGACCAGCUCCCUCCCCCUUGAUCUCUCAGAAUCUGCAAAGGGAUGAAGAGGGCGGAGCACAGGCAGAUAAGGCGAAGAAAUCUCAGGUUGCUUGGGAGAGGAGCAGACUUAGGGAGCCUGUGGGAGAUAGCUGAAUGCUUCUCCAUGAAAGGAGCAGCAAAUCCUGGCUUAUAGAAAGCCAGCAUGUCAGGGAACAGAUGAGGACAGAACCUUUUCCCUGGAAUUUGUGGCAACUGCCAAGAGGGCAAAUCCUAUGCUAGGGGUUAUUAAGAACCUAAGAAUGACCCAGGUGCAGAAUGGCUGGGACAACCCAGUCAGAUGGAUGGGGUACAAUAAAUAAAUGAUUAGUGUUAGUACAGUGGUACCUCGGGUUACAUACGCUUCAGGUUACAGACUCCGCUAACCCAGAAAGAUUACCUCGGGUUAAGAUCUUUGCUUCAGGAUGAGAACAGAAAUCGUGCAGCAGCGGCACAGCGGCAGCAGAAGGCCCCAUUAGCUAAAGUGGUGCUUCAGGUUAAGAACAGUUUCAGGUUAGGAAUGGACUUCCAGAACGAAUUAAGUAUUUAACCCGAGGUACCACUGUAUUAGUAUUUGCAUCCACUGCCUGAAGCAUAGCUGUCAACUUUUCCCUUUUUUUAAGGGAAAUUCCCUUAUUCCGAAUAGGAUUUCUCGCAAGAAAAGGGAAGAGUUGACAGCUAUGGCCUGAAGUGGCUGCCUCCGUCUGCCUCAUGGACUGUAGAGUUAUUCUUAGGUUCCUAAUAACCCCUAGCAUGGAAUUUGCCCUUUCCACAGUUGCCACAAAUUUAAAUUCCAGGGACCAGGGGAGAAAGGUUUUGUUUUCCCCUGUUCCCUGGCAAGCUAGCUUUCUAUAAGCAAGGAGAGGCAUUCAGCUAUUUACACACACCUGAGAUCACCCGCCUUUCCUGCUCUAUCUCUGAAGGAUGCCAAAUAGAGGCAGCUCCCUCCCUGUUUGCUCUUCAAUGGUUAACAGCAGCAACAGCAUCUGAGCCCACAUUCCUAGAGCAGAAGAUUGCAAAGAGGAGGAGAUUUGGGGAGGGGGGGAGAGAGAGGGGGAAUGUGCCCCUUUCCUCUUCCGCAGAUCUGAAAGGGGAAAAAAUGCAAAGUGUUCCACGUGAGUUUCUUCUUGCUUUCAUAGAGAUGCUGAAGGCGGCCGCAGGGAGGGAAAUGCAAGAUUAAGGCAAAUAAUUCCGCGUGCUGGGGAAAGCAGGACUCCCGCAAGAGCUCUUCCCCUAACCAAAUUAUUAGGCUCAUUGGAGAGAUGCGCUCCGUGCACUGAGAGAUCCAGGUAGGUUAAUCACUCCGCAGGUAAGCAUCCCUCCAUGAUCUCCCCCCAACCUACAACAGCUUCUUGUUUCCUGUGUUGGGGACCUUAUUUAGGGAAGCUUUUAAUGUUUGAUGUAUUACAGUAUUUUAAUAUUUUUUUGGAAGCCGCCCAGGGUGGCUGUGGAAGCCCAGCCAGAUGGGCAGGGUAUAAAUAAUUAAUAAAUUAUUAUUAUUAUUAUUAUUAUUAUUAUUAUUCACUAGUAAUCUGCAAUCAUUUCCUUAUGCUGCAUAAAUUAAGGUUGCCACUUUCCACAUCUCUCUCUUUGCUCCUGUGCCUUCAAAAGACUCCAGAAAGGCAUAAACGAAGCUUUUCCACAAAUGGGAAGGGGGACGGGGUUGGGAGUGUUAACGGAGAAAUCUGAGGGCUCCCUUGGACAAAAACAAGGACAGCAGCCAAGAAUACCAGAGUAAAACAGCAGCCAGUAGGCUUGGUCUUUACUGAAGACUGUCGCGACAGGACUCCCACCUGCCACAAGGUGGAACAAGAUGAAAGCCCCGGACAAAAGAGAACCCAAACUUUUAUUAGCUGCUAGUCCCCAUUUUACCCCUCCCCAAACUACAUCACUCAUACAUCAUGGUUACAUCAUGAAAGGGGAGGUCUGGUGGCAGUAAUCUGAGCAUCCUGGACCCUGCCCCAUGGUUCUCCUUGCCCUCCACCAAACACCCAUCAAGUGUAACAAAAAGAUAUUUACAUUUCCCUGUUUCCCAGCCAAGUUAAUCGCACCCUUUUAUCUUUAUCUGGCUUUCUUUUUUCUGGAAUGGCUACCUGUCUGGCAAGGGACGUGGAUGGUGCUGUGGGUUAAGCCACAGAGUCUAUGACUUGCAAGGUCGGUGGUUCGAAUCCCCACAACGGGGUGAGCUCCCGUUGCUUGGUCCCUGCUCCUGCCAACCUAGCAGUUUGAAAGCACAUCAAAGUGCAAGUAGAUAAAUAGGUACCACUCCAGCGGGAAGGUAAACGGCGUUUCCGUGCGCUGCUCUGGUUUGCCAGAAGCGGCUUAGUCAUGCUGGCCACAUGACCUGGAAGCUGUACGCUGGCUCCCUUGGCCAAUAAAGCGAGAUGAGCGCCGCAACCCCAGUCGAUCACGACUGGACCUAAUGGUCUGGGGUCCCCUUUACUUUUUACCUGUCUGGCACUCAGGUAUCAGGAUGCCAGGGAUUAUCACUCAGGCAGAGGGGCUGCUGAGUAGCUGAGCUCACGUGUCUAUAUGAAUUUCUGAAGUUUUCCCAGUGAGCCAGUACAUAGAUACAUUUAUCAGUGAAUUCUUACAUUUGGUAUCGUGCAGCAGAGGCCCUUUGAAUAGACAGGAAGAAACUGUGAUGAAGUGUUUUGUGGGGACAGAUUACAAAAGUCACAAAAGUGAUUGUGCUGAUUUUGGUAGUGGGCUGCAUGUGCAUGAUAUCUGCUGGAGGGGCAUCCCACCCCCAAAUCUAUACAUAAUCUAUACAUAAAUUCCUGCAACAGGAGGCUCUCAUGCCACAUUGCCAGGUACCUGGUGGUGAAUGUUAAACUGCACAGGAGCAAGGCCAGGGGGAAAAAACAACAACGUUGGCAAUCCUAAUCAAUUUUGCGUGCUCAAGAAAGCCGGCCAAUGGAAGGCGGAAUUGAGAGGAGUUCCCAGCAAGUUGGACCAAGAAGCAUCACUGCAGUGGAGAUGGAAUGCAUGGUAGCUGUUGUGGCAGGCAGCCAUUGAUAGCCGUCUCCUCUAUAUGAAUCUUUUCCAAUUGUAUUUUAACACCAUCCAAGUUUGUGGCCGUCACUGCCUCUUGUGGAAGAGAGUUCCAUCGUUUAAUAAUGUGCUGUGUGCACAAGGCCUUCUUUUUGUCUUGUCCUGAAUCUUCUGACCUUCAACUUCAACUGGACGAGCUUGAAUUCAGGCAAAAACGUUCCUCUUUAACCGGGUCUUUGGUUGAUUGUCAUCCGAUGCCAAUGUAGGUCUUUCAGGACAGGUGUUAUGUGGUCUCAGUGGCCAGUCCCAACUAUAUUUUGGUGCGUGGGGAAAAAUCAUGUGACACGAGCCCUACCUGUGUGCACAAUAAAUAUUUUUUUUAUUCCAUUACCUAGUUUUAUUUUGAUCCCCGGUCAGGACCUCCUUCAUGAAUUUCCACAUCGUGUGUGCUAUUCUAAGCCAGGAAACCAAGGUCCCUUGUGGGGGUUUGUUUGCCUGUGUGCAUGCACCAUUUUAGAGGCACACUUGGAAAGGACUCAGUUGGAUCCAAAAUAGCCAAUCCAAACUCAAGAUUCUGUCAGGUAUUCUGUCAUUUGAAAAUAUUUAAAGCACUCAUCUUUUUACAGCCGCUGGACUUCUCAGCUGAUUUCACAAAAUAGAAUUUAUAACCAUGGCAACCCCUUUGUAAGCCGCCUUGGCUCUCGGUCUGGGAAAAAAGGGGGAUACGUAUAAAUAAGUAGAAUACUAAAGGUGAGGAUAAAGCUGCUCUUGAACUCAGAUCCUGCUUGGAGCGCCUGCGGAGGAGGGAUUCAGUCCUGGGGGCGCCGCUGGCCUGAUCCUGCAGCCGGGUUUCCCCCUCCUGCUUCAGAGCCGGAGACCAGCCGGGCUCCCUCUCUGCCCGGAGCAGCCAAGAGGCUCCUACCCCGCGGCUGCGCAAGGGUUAACAGCGGCGACAGAGCUUCGAUUCCUAGAGCGGAAGGGAAGACUGGGGGAGAGAGGAGGCGCUUCCGCUUCCUGUUCCGCUUCCCGGGUUGAUGCUGUCCUCCCUGGAGGCGGGUAACUGGGGGGUCGGGGGGGCCGAGCCAGGGGCGGAAUCGGGGGGCGAGAGGGAGGGAGCCGCGUCCCUCCUGGGGGGAACUCAGGGGCGACGGGGAAAGGUCGUCUUCUCCUGGGAGGGGAAGCGGGAGGCCGAAGCGACGCUCCUCGCUGGCCUUGACCGGCCUCUGGCCUCAUCCUGCGGCCUUUUCUCCCGCUCCUCUGUCCAGAGAACGCAGAAGGAGCGCCCAGCAAAGGCCGCAGGGCAGGGAAUGGGGAGGAAUGGCAGGGAGUAAACAGGGAGUCAGGAGAGUCUCCUGCCAGCCAGGGAGGAGCAGGAGGAAUAAUUUUAUUCCUUCAUACCCCGCCCAUUUAGCUGCGUUUCCCCAGCCACUCUGGGCGGCUCUCAACAGAAAAUUAAAAGCACUAUAAAAGAUGAAACAUUAAAAGCUUUCCUGAACGGGGCUGCCCUCAGAUGUCUUCUUAAAGUCAGAUAGUUGUUUAUUUCCUUGACAUCUGAUGGGAGGGCUUUCCACAGGGGAGGGGCACUACCAAGAAGGCCCUCUGCCUGGUUCCCUGUAACCUCGCAGGGAGGGAACCGCCAGAAGGCCCUUGGAGCUGGGCCUCAGUGUCAGGACUGAGCGAUGGGGUGGAGAUGCUCCUUCAGGUAUACAGGCUGAGGCCAUUUAGGGCUUUAAAGGUCAGCACCAACACUUUGAAUUUUGCUCGGAAACAUACUGGGAGCUAAUGUAGGUCUUUCAGGUCUUAGUUGGCUGCUGCUCCCAGUUACCAGUCUAGCUGCUGCAUUCUGGAUUUGAUCUAGUUUCCGGGUCACCUUCAAAGGUAGCGCCCCAUAGAGUGCAGAAGGAGCUGCAGACUCUAUGGCAGGAGAGGAUCCUCCUCAGUUAAGACUCUUUAGCAUUUUAUUGUAUCGAAGGCCAUAGGUCCACUGCAAAUUAAACCAUGAGAAAAAACUUUUCCUCUGCAAAAUGUAUGUACGUACUAAACAUGUAUCAUUAAAAAAGGUGGGCCCCUGGGGAUAUAACUGGCCAUCUGCAGCUGUAGUAAUUUUAUCUUAUGUUCAAGAUUUCUAAACAGCUAAUUCAAAAGGUCUCUCAAGUGGCACAGUGAUCCAAUGGGAGCUAGAACACAACUAAAACCCACAAACCAAUUUAGAAACCAGUAUGCAUAAAGCCAUCAUUGAAAAAUUAUCCCUCUCCACUUCCCAUUUUGCCUCUUGGGCAGCAUGUAUGGUCUUUACACACUUGAGGAAGGAGGGAGUAUGGGGUGGGACAAAACACUCAUUUCCCCAGUCUUAAAUUUAGUUAUCCAGAUUUUAACAUCUUAUUAAAAAACAAAUAAACACUGAAGGUAAAAUCUCCAGUUGCCCCAUCUAUCAUCGGAGGGGGAGCUGAGGGGAGAUGGUUUCCACACCUUGCCUUGGAGUGUCUAUAAGGAAGGAAAUUGUUCUGUCCUUCCAGGGAUCAGUGAGCUUUGACAGGUGUCCUUGCAUUUCGCUGACGACAACUGGGCCCUACGGAGAGCUCUGUACAAGGACGUCAUGGUGGAGGUUCAUGAGAUGGUGGCCUCUCAGGGUAAGGAUCCUUUGCGCCUUCAUUAAUAGUUAUAAUAGGUAUGGGUUCCUCGGAGUGCCUCCCUUCAGCUCUGCUAAAGGAGGUCACAGUGUUUGUUUUUCUCUUAAGUUAAAGGCCAGAAGCCUGGCUGAGAAUAAAUAUUAUUGCUUCUCUGCUACAAUUAGCCAUUGAUGGCUUCUGGGUUGCCUCCCUGGGGGAGCAUUCUUUAGGUGGGGAGCCAGCACUGAAAGACGCAUUCCGUAUUGCCUCUCUUUGCACCUCAAUUGGAGAGGGCACUGUGAGAAGGACCUCUGAUGAUGAGUGCAGGCUCUAGGUGGAUUCAUGAGAAGCAGUCCUUGAGCUACAUAAGUCAAAAUCAGCACCUUGACUUGAAGACAGCAAACCAGAUAUGCUCAGAGCCUCUUGCACCGGUCAGCACUCUGUAGUUUCUGAACGGUCUUCUAAAGCAGCCUGAAGUAUAAUGCAUUGUGGCAAUCUAGCAUGGAGAAUGGUAGAAAAAGCAUACUAAAAAUCUUCUGUGUGGGGGAUCCUAAUUUGUAGAAUACUUGAGUAUCUUGUUAUUGUUAUUGGUUUCUAUUGAUGUAUUGGUUUGUUUGUUGCAUAUAUAGAAUCUUCUGUUUCUUAAUAUUUGAGGUUUGAUUGCAUUUUUAUAUAUGCUGCAAGCCACCCAGAGAGGCUUGGGAAACCCAGCCAGACGGUUGGGAUAUAAAUGAAAUAAAUGCUACUAUUGUUAUUAUUCAUUUUGGUUUUUCAACAAGCUCUGCAGAUCUAGGCUUUUCAAGCUUCUCUGAGUUGCAGUGCUGUAUUAUCAAUGCUCAGGGGUGGCCUCACUUCUGCCCCCACAAUGGGGGCUCAAAAUCCAUAAGGAGCGUACUCCUGCAAGUUGGGUGGGGUGGUCCCCACGAGACCUCCAAGGGGUGCAGACGCCUCCCCCCAUUCACUGGCAAAGAGCCUUUUCAGAUCCUGACAAAGCUGAAUGGUGGAAUGUCUGCCCUCUUGUGGACAUGCCCUUGUUGGGGGAGGAUCCUUUCGGGACUUGGCUGGAGGGGAGAGGACUCACAGAGCUUUGCUGCCCAUCCCACUUCAGCCCUGGAGGCCGGGGAGACUAGCAGCAAAGCUGAGCAGUGACGCCCCUUUGGGGGUGACACCUGAGACAGCCACCUCACACAGGCCCAUAGGCAGGCAGGCUCUGUUGAUGUUAUUGCCUGCUGGUUUAAAUUGUGUUAUUUAUGGCUUGGUUAAUCUUAGGGGCUGCUCACCAGAACUUUUCUGAUACAAAUAACUGGUGAUAUUUUAUUAAAACCAGGUAUCACAUCAUUGUUUUAAUGUAAAACGCCGUUAACAUAGUGACAGGCCUUGAGUUUUGAUAAGGAAACAGCUGUAUCAACCUUUAUUUUAAUUUUUUUAUUCCAUCAGGAGAUGUUUGGGGGGUCCUGGAUGAGGAGGAACCACCAGAAGCCUGGCCAGAAAGAGGUGAGGCGCAAGAGAACGAAAGGAAGUUGGGGGUUCAAGAUGGAGCCAACAAACAAGAGAGGAGAGAAACAGUGAAGCCAAGGGAUGAACACAGUGUUUCCCAAGAAGAUGAAAAUCAACUUAACAGGGUGGAGAAAAACAUGAAUGUACUGUGUGCGGAAAGAGAUUCUGUAGUCGCUCAGCCCUUGCUACACAUCAAAGCGUACACUCAGGUGAAAAACCUUAUGAAUGCAUGGAGUGUGGAAAGAGAUUCAGAAACAGUGGCCAACUUAAUAUGCAUCAGAUAA